UGGUGAUGGUAACAGUAAUAAUCUCGAAAGGAGAAAAGAAGCGUGCGUGCUUAGUGUACAGCGCGGCCCGUCGCCACGGUGCGACUGCCAUGGUGGAGGAUGUAACUCCAUGGGCUGGAGCACGCCUGAGGGGGAGAAGGACGACGACGGCAGAGGCAGGCUGAGCCAGGCCGGGCCUAGCCGAGCCCUGAACCGCGCACGCUUUCGGCAGCAGCCAAGCCCGGCUCUCCCGUCGUCGUCGCCGCCGCCUGCUCCUCCUCCGACUUCCUCCCACGCCUUUAUUACGCGCGGCCCGUGCGGCGGCGGCGGCGGCCACCUCUUCGCCAGGGCCCCGCCUCGCUCGCCGAGAGGGGCGGGGGUUGCUGUGUGCUGGAGGCGGCGGCGAAGGAGCAGCGAUAGUGGGAGCAGCCCAAGCAAGGAGGAAGCCACUCAGCGCCUGGCCGACCUCUCUCGCCCCGGACCGCCAGUCAUUUCACUGGGCAGAGGAGGAGGAGGAGGGCGCCGCCGCCGCCGACACAGCGCAGCGGAGGAGAGUCUCCCUUUUCUCUCUCCAUUGCUCGCUGCCGCCGCCGCCUUCGUCCGCCCGCCAUUAGCGCUGCGAGCCGGUGGGCGCCGCCGCGCUCUCGGCCGGCUGGGCUGGGCCGGGCCGGGCCAGGCGGGGGAGGAGUAGCCGCCGCCGCCGCCGCCCAGUCUCUCGAGGGCCGGGUCCCCGUUUGAUGGAUCCCCGGAUCGCCUGGUUCCAGCCAGAGCAGCUCGGCCCCUCGAACCGCCUGUGGAUGCAGAUCUGGGAGACCACGCAAGGGGUCCGCAAUCUCUACUUCCAGCAGCAGCAGCAGCACGAGCAGCAGCGCGCCCAGCAGCAGCAACAGCAGCAGCCUGCCUCGGCCGCCUCCAGCAGCAGCAGCAGCAGCAGCAACACCGCCGCCGCCAACCCCGGGGUCGGCCCGGCCUCGCCGCCCGGCAUGUCCCGCGGCCCCCGCUGCGACCCUCAGCCCGACUUCCUGCCGCUCGAGAGCGCCAACCACCAGCAGCACAACCACCACCACCUCCACCGGCGGCAGGCCUCCUCGCCGCAGCCGCCGGCCGCCACCACCUGGGCAGGCAGGCCCGGCGCCCGGGCAGCGGCUGCAGCCCCAGCGCCUCCUGUCGCGGCCGUCUCUUCCUCCUCGUCUUCUUCUAUUUCUUCUUCCACCGCCGCCGCCUCUUCUCCUUCCCCGGCCGCCGCCGCCGCCGCCUCUUCGGCAGCUGGCCCUUCUUCGUCUUCCACUUCGUCGCCGCCCGCCGGCUCGGGUUCUUCGGCCGCCAGCAACAAGAGGAAGCGCGACAACAAGGCCAGCACCUUCGGGCUCAAUUACACCCUCCUGCUCGGGCCCGCCGGGGAGAGCGGGGUCCCGGCGCCGGGGGACGGGCCCCUGGGGAGGCCGCAAGCUGGCUCGGACGAGCCCGCCUACACCGGCACCCCGUGGAAGAAGGCGAACUACAGCCAAGGAGUGGUGGGGUGAGGAGACCAACAUGGGGGUUAGGCUGGCGCUUCUUUCUCCCUCUCUCCCAACCCCUAGUAUCUCUUUUUUCCACCGUGGAGGGAGGCCUCGGGAAGGGGAUCACAUCGGGGAGGGGGAAGUGGGGUUAGGAUCGGGAAAAUAAAAGGGGCGGGUAGUGUGACUAGGCCCUAGUCAAGGUUAUAAAACGGUGGAGCAGUUGCUUCCCGGCAAUGUGUACUUAAUGUAUCGAUUGGUAAGAGCAAGUAUUCCAGGCAAAGGUUCAUUCGUUCACUUUUCCUUUUACCUCCUUUUUUAUUUUUAAGUGUUUCUAUACCUUUGGACCUAGAGGUAGGUCCCACAGAUCGAGUCCCAGGUGCCAUGGGUGGCAGAAGUUACUCAGUGGCCAGGCUGUGCUAUUCCACAUGUGCUGGCAGAUUCCUCCUUUUUUAAGGAUCCUUUAGCAUUGAGAUUUCCAUAGCUGUGCUCCAGUGCUGUUUGAGACGCCCCCCCCCCCAUUUCUCAUAGGCUAGCAUUGAGAAAUACUGGACAGAAGUAGAAACUUGGCCAAAACCUCAUACCUACAAGCUGGGGCGAAGAACUUGCGGCAGUGAUACCAAUGUCAGGAAGGUGGUUGGGAUGGUAGCUUGGUUAGGCUGGAAAAUAUAUGGCGGAGUAGGUUUGUUGAAGGAUUGUUCUUGGGGGCUAGUCUGGAUUACAUGAUUGCCACUCAAGGCAAUGCUGUUGUGCCCUUACUUUUUGGCAUUGGGGCAGGGGACAGAGUUGUCUUGCUGCAGAGGUCUGAAAGGGCCUGGAAUAUGUUUGGGGAUUGGCCAGAUUUGUCAGCUGCUCAGGUUUGAAUUUGACAGAAUUUGGGGUGCAGUUAGCAUAAUGGCCAUUGGGUGGGUGCAUAGGGGAGAACAUGUGGCCACCAAGACCCCUGUAUUACUGUUUUAUUUUUUAAUCUGGAGAUCCACAAUAACUCAUAUGAGUUGCGUAUGUGAGAUUCUUGUAGCAUUUUUCAUUCUGCAGCUAAUGAUGUGCUUUAAUAGGGGGUGGUCUCUUUAAAAUGCUGUCUGGCAAUCUUGGCCCAGGAGCACAUGGCGUGGGAAGCAAGAAUAUGUUCCUGUUCCUAUCUGAGAUGCAAGUCAGUCUCUCUCUUUCUCUCUUCCUUCUCUCAAAUUGGGAUGUAGUGCACCCCUUUCUUUGUUUCUUUUGAAUAUGGGAAUUCCUCUACCGUUGUGUGCUAUGUGCAUCCAAGUUGAAAUGCAGGAAGGGGGGGAGCUUUCACAUCUCCUGUUACGCAGAUUAUAUAUUUUUGCUGUGGUGUGCUAUUUGGUCAUUGUACAUGUAAAAGGGUGGAGAAGCACUCAGGUGCAAUUUUUUUUCUAUGGAGGGAAGAAAAUUAGUAAAUGCAUGCUACUCAUGUGUUUGAGUACCACAGCAAUAGGUGCACAUGUGCACGGUAUCAAAGGACACGCUGAGGGUUGAGUCUUUCUGUGCUGUCGCAGCAUGUGUUCCAAUGCAUGGUAGCGCGUGGGCCAGGAAGCCUACUACACACAGAGAAAAAGAGCAUGGCAUUCAGGGGCUAUACAUUUGGGUUUUUACCAAGGCCUGUGUGUUCAACACAUCAGGGAAGGGGAUGUUACCUCAUCUAUCGGCUCCUGCAAAGACUUGAUUUUCUGUACAAUCCACAUUUUCUAAAGAGAAUCUUUGUCACUCAUAAUGUUACAUUAUGCAAGGUCCCAGGAGAUAGGUGCCUUUCUGAAUACAAAUGUUUUGCCUGUGUGCAGUACAAAGAGGGCGUGGAAGAAAGUCAUCUGCGCAGUUGAUGCACAACUCCUCCAUGGCACGUUACACACACGUUUGUUAAAUUAAAUGUAAGGUAUUUCAACGUGUCUUAAAAUGCCCCACCUGUGCACAAAGCCCCAUUCUUGUGCCUCCAUCAUAUCCUGUCUGCUCUUUUUGCUUUUAUUUUUCGACAUUGCUAGCAUUUUAAAGUUCUCUAGGAAGGGCCAUGCUGCCUGUUUCUUCUGUGCUUGGGAAAUUUUUUUUAACUGUAGUAGCAUUCCACAUUCACUGUGUUUUAGUACACUUCACAUGAUUUUUACAGCAAUAUGUAACAUCUGUCAACAAUGUGUUAGUCAUGCCCAUUUAGUUUAGCGGGGGUCUGCUCUGGGUAGAACUAACAUUAGUUACAACAUGCAGUGUUCAGCAAAACAAUUUGGCUUUUGGAGUUUCAAGGUAGUUUGCAGCUUUUACUUGUUUGAUUUGUGUAUCUUUAAUCGUAAUAAUCUUGUGUAUAUAUGGAAACGUUUCAGUGAUUUUUACCCCGACUUCUCAUUACUUUCUAAUUUUACAAAUGCUGGUGCCAUUGCAGAGUCAGCAUUAUUGUUUUUCAUUGCAGGGUGGACACAUUGUCCCACAAUCACAGAAGGUUAGAAUGUGUAGAAGAGAGAAUAUUUUAGCUGCAUAUUUAUUGCUGCCGUUGCUUGUGGAUUUAUUCAGGUAGCAGUAUAUGUCUCUCUUAGAACCUGCUUCAAGGCAUGUGGGACCCAUAUGAACCUUUGCAGUAAAUGUAAUGUUACCUCUGGAGUGCGAAGUGUUUGCUUAAACUGAAGAAAAGAGUUCCAUUUAGAAUUCCCAAACUUUCUGUUGACAAAUCUUGUUUCAAAGAAUGGAACUCCUGUAAGUUUCUCCUGCAAAUCAGAUUAUGAAAAAUCACCUCCCCUUCCAUCUUGCAGACAGGUAUAGAAGUCUUACUUUGCAGUUUUAUAAUAUAAUAUCAAUUACUAUUGUAGAAAUUUGUAGUUUAAUGGACAAACCUUUUCUUCAUGUGCAUUGUUUUCUGGGGAAUCCUGUAAUUUUGAGAUAGGCUUGUACUGAAAGUGGCUGAGGCUUGAUUGUCUGUUAGAUGUUGUUUUUGUGCAUUUCUUUAAGUACUGUCCCCUGUUUUAGUGUGGGUAUUAAAUUCAGUAGUUUGAUGCUCUGCGAUAAACAUAGUUUAGAUCCCAAGCCAUAGUUUGUGCUUCCAAACAUGUAACCAAAUCAUGGUUUAGAGCUGUGUCUACUGUCAUUUAGGACCAUAGGAAACUGCCUUCUAUUGAGUCAGACUGUAGGCCCUUCUAGUACAGUAUUGGCUAUACAGACUGGCAGCCGUUCUCCAGGACUUCAGACCAGGAGUCUUUCCUAUCCCUGGCUGAACAGGAUUUUACCUGGGACCUUCUGUAUGCAAAGCAGAUGCUCUUAACAAGAAGCUACAGCCCUUUCUAUCAGCUCAUCGCUACUGUCUCUAGGCAUAGCAGCCCCCAGAUGCCAAGCUGUAACCACAGUCUGUCCAUUCAUUCAUUCAUACAUCACAUCAUAUCAUAGUUCAGCUCUUUUUCUGGGGUGGAUGCAAGGAGGACAUUGGAAGUUUUGCUUAGUUAACUGUGUUCAGGGGUAGUUAUACCCCACCUGCUAACCAAAGUUCUUGAGGUGCCUAAGCUCAGAAUGUGGUUUGUUUCAACUGUGGUUGGGAAACAAGCCAGAAUCAUAAACCACAUUUUGAAUUUGGCUUGUUUCCCAAAUAAUACUUCAGACUAACCAUGUAAAUGGAAAUGAAAGCUUUUGGUCAUGCCAGAGGGUAGAGCUAACAAGCCCAAGGGUCAUGCACAUAACUCUAAGCCAUAGUUGAACAUUACAUCCAAAUGCAACCACAGUUGGGCAUUGGGUGUUGAGAAAGCAUAGGAAAUAGUGUGUGCUACGCAGAUGCAUUGACUUGUGAGGUAAACUAAUAUUGUGCUCCGUAGUCGCAGUCAGAAUAAGGCUGCAUAAAAAAAACACCUCAAGAUAAUCAUCACCUCAGAUUAGUAAUCAUUGCUCAAAGCAGAUCUCAUGAUCUUUCAUUUUGGCAACUCCUGUGUUGACCCAAGUGUUAUAAUGAUGAUCAUUUAAAGUGUAAUCCUAGCAAAAAUAUGAUUAUAUUUAUAAUUUUAUUCUUUGUUAAUACGCACUACUUCUUCAAACCUUUGCGGAUAGCUUUUGGAUCUCAGAAAACUGGUCAGUAUAAUACUUGUGGACAAAAUCUUCUGAUGUUUUUGUUACGGUUGUAGAGAGCCUUGUAGGCCAUCUAUUCAAACUCCCUGUUCAUUGCAGGAAAUCAGAGCUUGAACAUCCUGUAUGGCAGAACCCACCAUUCUCUCAUGGGCUUCAGUGUUGAACUGUUCCAACUGUUGUGUGUAUGUCCUAAACUCUAGUUUAUCACAUAGUUAUUUAUUCUUACAGCACUUUUCCCCCUAAUAAGUUGUCUAUUUUGCAAAAAUAAAUUGCCUUCAUGGUGUAGCAUUAUAGAUACAUGAUUACCCACUGCUCUGGCCAGCACUCUGAUCCCAUUACAGUGGUACUUCAGGUUACAGACGCUUCAGGUUAUAGACUCCACUAACCCAGAAAUAGUACCUCGGGUAAAGAACUUUGCUUCAGGAUGAGAACAGAAAUUGUGCGGUGGCGGCGCGGCGACAUUAGCUUUUGGUUAAGAACAGUUUCAGGUUAAGAACGGACCUCCAGAACGAAUUAAGUUCUUAACCCAAGGUGCCACUGUAUAUCUGUCCUGACUACAGUGUUACAAGAUGCUAGCAGUGCUGGCUACUUAACCUUUUAGCUUGCUCUGAGUAGUAUUAGUAUCUUCUGCUAGUGGUGCUCAUCCAGUUGCAGGUGUUGGUUAAAGAACAGUCUUACAUUGUGUCAGGCCAUUGAUCCAUCUAGUCAAAUGCUGCAUGCCUCGACAGCAGUAGAUCUCCAGCAUUAUGGGCAUAGAUUUAUUGUGUGAACCUACCUGAGACCCCCAGGUAUAGGGCGGUGUAUAAAUUCGAUUGAUGAUGAUGAUGAUGAUAAUAAUAAUAAUAAUAAUAAUAAUAAUAAUAGGUUUUGCGCUGCUAUCUCAGAUCCUUUUAAGUAGCAAGAUCAGAGAUGGAAAUUUGGACUUCACACAUGUGAAGCAUGUUGUACCUCUUCCCAUUGAAUCAAAACCAUUUCCUACCUGUACUGUUUCUCAAGCUGAUCAGCACUACCGCUUGCAGUGGUACCUCAGGUUAAGUACUUAAUUCGUUCCGGAGGUCGGUACUUAACCUGAAACUGUUCUUAACCUGAAGCACCACUUUAGUUAACGGGGCCUCCUGCUGCUGCCGCGCCGCCUGAAGCACUAUUUCUGGGUUAGCAGAGUCUGUAACCUGAAGCGUAUGUAACCCAAGGUACCACUGUACUAACAAUCCUCCUCCAGCACUGGAAUUUCAGUGAACUCAAGCUUAGCUUCCUUCCUGGUCACCCAUCAAGCUACAGGGUCUCAUUUAGACAUAUGAAAGACAUGUUGAGUUUAAAGUAAUAAAUUGUAGGAUUGGGAGGCUCCAGCCUUCAAAGCAGGGUCAUCUCUUUGCCAAAAUGCAGCUGAAUUUACUGGCCACCGUUACCUGUACUUCAUGGAGAAUAUAAUCUUACAUUCCUUUUUCCCCGUAAAAGCAUUGUACUAUGUUCUUUCACACCACCCAUUUUAAUAAUUUUCAUUUUAAAAAUAGUUUUUCAUUAUGCUUUGAAUUUAUUAUUAAAGGUUCAGAAAUAAAAUACAUGAGACAGCUGGUUUAGCAAGGUGCAUCAACAAAAUGCAUGUCUUAAAAUAAUUUGUACAUACCACAGAGCAGUUGAACCCAUUCUCUAUUGCUGACUAAUGGAACAGCUGUAGGCAAGGCGAUAAAGUUCUUAUACAGGGAUAUCCAGAGAGGCUCCUGAGUAAUGUUAUCCAUUAGUUGUCUACCAGUAAAUUGAAAGGUAAGACAGUCCAUUUGAAUCUUUGCACAAUAAUCCAGUAUCAGUUUUCCUCACCUGUCUAAUUGUAUGCUUCUUUUCCACAAAAUUGUUCCUCAAGCGGCUCACCACAUAUCAAUUUAACAAUAAGUAUAACAAUUCAAAAACAUAUUGGAAAUGGUCAUAAUGCCAAUAAGUAAACAAAAAAAUCCAUACAGCACUGUAUAAAACAAGACAAGCUGAAAACUAAACAGAGAAUGAUGCCUAGCAGAGAGAAAACGUGUGUUGGGCGGGGAGGGGGAGAAUCACCAUUCCAAAAGGGUGUUUGUUCCACAGAGGUUCAUUGUAACUAAAUUGCAUGCAUUGGAUGGGAACCACACUCUCAUGUGUGGCAGUCGGUUCCUUCCCUGCUCUCAUGUGCCUCUCCUCCCCUCUCUGAACAUCCCCAUCUUUCAUUUAGGAAGGUAAAGAUUGCAGCUGAUCCUUCAAGCUCCUCAUGCAGUCAUAGUUUUAAUACUGCUCACAUUCUCCUACAUCAUACAUUGCUUUCCAGGCACUUAAGAAACCACAAGCCAAAUUUGACCACCUAGACUUUUGCCUGAUAGCGUGUUGCCCAAGGAAGCUGUCCUCUUUGCCCUGCACUUCAUACCAGCCUUGAUCCGACAACUUUCCCUUAACAGCAACAGCAAAGAAAAGACAGUGUGGACAGGGAUUCCCUAUAACCAUGUUAUCCAGUAGUUGAGAUCCAAAUUUUCCAAACAUCCUGGGGACCCAGCAGCAUCUCUCAUCUGGGAUGAUGCAGAUGUUCUAGCUCUCACCCGGAGGGCCCUUAUGCCUCCACUUUUUGUAGGCUCUCACACCACAUGGUAGCCAAUAACUUUCACAUUUGCUCAUCAAUUCAGGAGGUGGGUAGGGCUCUCCUGGUAGUCUUUGAAGUGGCAACACCACUUCCCUUAAUUCCAAAAAUACCUUCUAAUCUAAAUAGCUGCCUUAGUAAUCAGCAUUUAUAUUUUAUACAAUUUAGUGACAAAAAAAGUAAUGAUCUCACUUUAUUAUGGCCUGUUUCUGACAUUCUAUAUGCGGAAAUCUAGCAACGUAGAAUCAGCUGUCAUGCUACUACAUUUUGAAAACCCUUUGGGUCAACUGUAUAUAUUUCAUUAUUCUCCAGAAUGGUACGAGUAGCUAUUAGAGUGAUUUUUUUGGUAGAUUGGCAAUAUAUGAAAAAGUUCACAGACCCAUCCAUUGAUAUUGCCUUGAGAUUUAUGGGUAUAGGAUGGUAUACAAAUUUAAUAAUAAUCAUAAUAACCAUAAUAAUACCAGUAACCAUUUUUUACCCAAAUUAAAUCACAUUGAACAUAUUACUGCCCUACUCAUUGUUUGAUGACAGAGUACUUCAGCGUAUUUCCCCAAAAAUAUUUAUUUCUUAUUGUUAAUUCUACCAAAGCACAUCACUUUUACUUUUACAUUUACUUUCUCUAAAUGUAAUAAAAUUAAUUUGCAGUAACCAUGCAUUUUUUCCCCAUCCAGAGUUCAUUGGCGGAAAUGAGCUAAUUUUCCAGUAUUGUAGUGCAAGUAAACAUGAAGUUGCUAAUAGAUUGGAGACAAAUUCAUCUUUCCUUCCUUCAGCAUAGUUCAGCAAAAAAAUCAGUCCACUUUGGGGAAAUGAGAUGGUAACAGUCUGAAAUCUCUUUAAUUUUCUCAUUUUAAGGCCAAACGCAUAAACCAUAUGAAUAUUUUGCUGUUUUUAUUAUUUAAUCUCCAGCAGCAUUGGUAUUAAACAUUUUUUUUCCAGCACUGAAAGAGGGAGACAACACUAUGUGAUAAUAGUUUAGUGUUCAGUAAUAUGAACAUGACUGUGAACAGUGUUAGAAACUGGGAUAGGAAAGCUAGGAGCCAAACGUCUUCUGAAACCUGGAUUGUGAGCGCCAAAACAGAAUGUCUAAUCACCGUGGGGUGGGUGUGUCAGCAACACGUUUUAUUUAUUAUUUUGAUCAAAAUGAAUUAAUACGCAAUUCGCUUAAGUGACACAUUGUUAAUCUCACAUUUUUAGCAGAAAUUGUUAAUACAUGUUUAAUUUGGUGUUUACAGUAAGAAUAUCAGUACCAUACUUCAGUUUUCAAAACACUCUACUCUUUAUUGUUAAACUCCUUAACAUACUGCUGAUCCUUAAUGUCAGGGAACUGCCAUCGGAGCUAGAGGCGGAGGGAAGGCUCCAGAGGGAUGGCGGAGAGGGUCCCAGUAGGGAGAGAGGCAGCCCAUCCGCUGGGGAAGGAAAUCAGCGUAACACCAGUAGAGAAGGGGGGCAGAUGGGGGAAUUGGAGGGGAGGCUCCAAGACUCCUUGCCGGAGACCAGCGGAGAGAGUACGGGUCCUCCGCUGCCCACACCCUCCCUGCGCAGAAGGCUUCCGCGCAGGGAGUCUAGGCGGAGACUAGGCAUCAAGGAACUUUUGUGCUGGAAGAAGUUUAAGAAACGCCCACUGACGGAUUCUGCCAGCGACUGAGACAGUCACGAUGCUGGAGGCUGUUCAGUCAGAAAGGCAACCUCGCCAGGAGUGGCGGCAACUUAGGCACGAGCAACCCCUAAAUCCAUUACACUUAACCUAUACUUUGAGGCUUCAAAGAAAAUACAUUUCAGUAAUUCUUGAGUGUUAGCCAGGUGCAAAAAAUGGCACCCAGACUUUUGGAGGUACUCACAAAUGGAGAAUGUUUAGGCGCAAAAUGCACCUGGCACCUUGCUAAUUUCAAACCCUGCCUGUGAGUAAACAAGAGGAGUAAAUGAUAGGGAAAUCAUUUCUCCUAUUUUAAUGUGCAAUAAGGCCCAGGCAUAGAACUAGGACAUCUGUGUCUGAAUCUUCCACUGGAGUGUGUGAAAUGGGUUCUCUCCCACUAAGCUAUGAAGUCUCCCCUAAAAUGCAUACCUGAAGGUGUGCAGACUCUUUAAUUCCUACCCCUUCCAGAAUACUUCAAACUGCUGAAUGGGUGUGCCCCAUCCACAGCUUAACUACGGUAGUCCUUUUAAGGGUUGAUCUGUUUUAAGGGAACCAUUUAUCUUUCCAAUCCCUCUGUACCCUUUUAAAGGAAUCUUGAGCUGGAGGGUAUUGUGGUCAUGAUGUACCCCAUCUGUGUUAGGCUCCAGCUGCCAAUAUGAAUAGUCUUGUGUUGUUCCUGCACUCUGCUGUCAUGCUUUCAAAAGUUACAGGGCAGCUUGAGAGCAAUGCACACAUUUAGGUGUCAGCCUUCCUUCCCUUUAUCCUUCCACACCUCCCCAUAGGUCUCUUGAAACCUACGUGUACACACAUACACAACUUUUUCUGCAUACCUGGAGUGCCUCUUGUGUUUGCAGGAACUUUUCUCUCUUGGAGGCUGAGUUUUGCAGUUGUACUGGUAGGCAGGGGCUGCCAACUUCACAAUUAGAAGAAAUGAUGUUGAGGUUUUUCAUCAUUUCCCAUAUAUAUUCUCAAUCUGAAGGGCUUUUGAAUUAGCUACACUGUUAACAGGGGUCAGCAACCUAAGGCCCAUGGGCCAGAAGUGGCCCGCGGAGGUCAUUUGACUGGCCCAUGAGCCACCCCUGAACUGAGCUGCCCACUUGUGCGCUGCACUAAACCAGCACAGCACAGGGACUCGCUUCCGCGGUGUUAGAAAUGGCGUCUCCGCAUGUGCAGACGUUGAAAAUCACAGGGGUGCGCACACAAUCCGGCCCACACAGGGAUCUCCGUGGGACCGAUCCGGCCCAGACAAGAUAAACCUUGCUGACCCCUGACUAUUAAUUUUACCUUUCUCCAAUCCUGUUAACGUGUGGCAGAUUUCUAGCACUGGCUAAUCCAUUAUUGCUAUCAAUCUGUUGGUGCCAAAAAGUACUUUGCAGACUUUCACCUUCAAGCUAGCUAAUUACCAGCAAAUCUGAUAAUGCCACAUGUCCCAAGCUAGCAGUGCUUUUCUUACUGCGUUUCCCAUAUAGAGUAACUUAAAGCCUUCAGAUUGUCCCAUUUUGAGUGUAAGCUUUUCCAUAACUUUUAUAGCAGUUACCUUACUCUUUCUGUGCCAGCUAUGUAUUUAUAUUCAAAGAUAUAUGUGUACCAGCCUUUCAAAUAAUUUUCAAGGCGUUAUAUAUAUUAAUGGUGAGCCAUCCUGGGCGGGGGAGAAGCAUCCUAUAGCUGGGAUACCAGCACCAAAGAAGCUCUCUCCCCAAUACCCACUUGCCUCGGAUCAUUAUAAUUGUCAUUCAGGUUCAUUUGGUAGCAGAUUCCUAGGUUUCAUUCUGUAUUCCAGGGGUCAGUAACCUUGAUGGGCACAUUUGGAAUUUUGAGAAAGUGUCUCAAAAUGGAUGCUAUGGGGGUGUGGCAUAAUACAAAAUGGCAGCCACAUCUAAAGAAGCAGAAAAAGACAAAUCAUGCAAGUAUUUCCUGCCCACCAGCACCCUUCCUUAACAAUGGUAAAAAGGUAGCUAUAUUAGCCACCACUGCACUUGUUCACAUGGAGAAGUUCUUUAUACCUCUCCUCUGUUCGGAGUGGUAGGGAGGGGUGGAUGAACAAACCUGGCAUCCAGUGAAAUUCAGGCAUGUUUAAGAGUGUGUGAUCCAUGUAGGAAAGGGUGAGCCAGUGCAAGUAGGAACUGAGCAGAAAGAGUAAACACUUUCUGGUGCAUUGUUGAUUUUUGGGGGGUUAUAUUAACAGAGACCUUUUGCAGGUACCGUAGGCAGUACUGGCUUUGGUGCCUGCAGGUGCCAUCUUGGUGACCCCUGCUGUAUAUUAUGCAGUGUACAGGGGUUUAAAUAUUAAAACCAGCACUUUGAAACAGUCAGGAAAAUACUGCAGUUGAUCAGAACUGAUGAGAUUUACAGUGGUACCUCAGGUUACAUACGCUUCAGGUUACAGACUCCGCUAACCCAGAAAUAGUGCUUCAGAUUAAGAACUUUGCUUCAGGAUGAGAACAGAAAUCGUGCUCCGGCGGCGCGGCGACAGCAGGAGGCCCCAUUAGCUAAAGUGGUGCUUCAGGUUAAGAAUAGUUUCAGGUUAAGAACGGACCUCCGGAACAAAUUAAGUACUUAACCCGAGGUACCGCUGUAUUUAUAUUUUAAAAAAUAAGAUUUUAUUAAAGUGUUUUCAUAAUACAAUAAGAUAAAAGAAACCAAUCUAAAUAAAAAAAAAACACAGAGAAAAAGGAAACAGAAAAUGCAGAGUCCUCUCUUAACCCAUGUCUCACACUGAGUGAUGGACCCUCAUAGCUCUUACCUAGGAGCUUUCCUUUCCUUCUCCCAGUCUCUCAUCCUGGAAGGUCUUCCCUUCCCUGCCUCUCAUUCAGGGUCCUUCCACCAACCAUCCACCCCCUUCAUGUGUGUGUAAUCCUUAGACCCCAAAAACGUCCCAGAGUAGGAGACACCAAAGGAAAACCUAAAAAGAAAAUAAAAAGAAUAUACUAUAAUUUCUUUAUAGUAGCCUAUGCUUUUGAAAUCCACAUCACGGAAUGCUUUUGAAGACUGGAUUCCUAUUGAGCAAGUGGAUUUUGCUCAAAUGAUAGCUGAUAGCUGCUGAAUAUUGAAUGCGUGUGCCCUGGUGCAAAGAUAUUUGGUCAGUUGGCAACCCAUAUUUCUUAUAUGAGGCCAGUCAACAGUGGUCUUCAGAAAGAAGGGCUUUUCCUUAGCUGUGAGGAAAACCCAGUUAUUGUUGGACCUGAAAGAGAGUAGUAUUCUUCUGGGAUACAUUGUAAUUGUCGUUUGAAAUGUGCAACCAUCGAGGUCAUUUGUGCUGGCUGGUCAUGCAGUCAUGGAUACUGAGAAAUAUGUGUUGAUUUUAGUUUCCAGGUCCUAAAUCAGGGGUAGGAAAAGGUUGGCCCUUCAGAAGUUUCUGAACUUCAGUUCCCAUCAGUCUCAACCCUCAUGGCCAAUCAGGGAUGAUGGGAGUUGUCAUCCAGAAGCACUUGGGGGCACGGCGGCAAAGGUUUCCCAGCCCUGUCUAAAUGAAAGAAGUGGAUUGAUGUCUAGGAAAAAUGUGCCUAAAGACUGAUUUUAUUUUUAUUUUUUUAAAAAAGAUUAAUUGGAUGUAAAUUGUUAAAUCAACUACUAUGCCUAUGAACAAAAAUACUCACCUGAUUGCCUGUGGUGUAGAAAUAUUCCGGUGACUAUGGUUGUCCCUAGUUUCUGACUGCACUUUCUGCUGCUCUUUAUGGCUGGGGGUGGUGGUGACAGCAGACAGGGAAAGAGAGGUUGAGCGCUGCAAACCUUGCUCUGUUUGUCCACCUGAGCAAACACAGUAGGAUAUCUUGGCUGCACUUUCUCUUCUCCACUCUUGCUCCAAGUAUAGAUGGACACAGAAAGUCUGCUCCAUGUUCAUUCAUAACAAGGAGGGCUGUCUUCUUCCAGCCUUUGAGUCUAUAACCAUAAGUUUGAAAGGGUGGAAAAACAAUUGUAGUUAGCCAUGAAAACAAUGUAGUACAAAUGGUAGCUGUUGUCCUCGGACACCCCCUUGUUUAUUUAGCUAGCCCUACUGAUUAAUGUCAAUUAAUUUCAUUGAUUCUAGUAAUAAUAAUAAUAGUAAUAAUUUAAUUUAAUUGCAUUAGCAUACAGCCAUAGCAAAAUAAGACAAUACAAAGAAUGUUGGGGACAAGCAACCAAGCAAAAUUCAAAACGAUGUUGCUGGCGUAAUGACAUUUAAAACACCCUAAGACAAUAAUACAGAGAUUUGGUUGCCAGCGCCAGAAAACUAGUAUGCGGAUAUAAAUAAAGCAUAAAAUGGCCCCAAAAUAGGCUCAGCACAUUGAGUUAAAAAGGUAAUAAAAGAAUUAAACAGGUCCAGGACUAGGGCACACUACCCUGUCAGAGUAGCCCUGAGUUUCAGAGCCUGCACUAUGAAGAUUGCCACCCCACGUGAAAUUUGGGGAUUUGCGUCCACAAGAAGUGCUUUCAGACAGUCUUCCUUAGAAGCAAUGGAGGACGGGAUCAAGAGGAGGAGCUUGGGUCUUAUUGGAUCAUAAAUAGGGCAGUAGAAAAAGAAAUGUAUGAAGUCCUCUACUUCAUUCAUUGUGCAUGGACAUAGACGCUGAGUAAUAGGGGUCUUAGAGUAGGUCCCCUGCAGGAAGGCCGUGGGUAUAGAAUGAAAACGGGCCAUUGUAAACGCUCUUCUCAAAUUGGGCUCCGUCAGGUCUAUCAAGUAGUUGGCAAGUGAUCUUACCACUUUCACUUUAGGGAGCCACAUAGAGAGGCGAGCUGAGGUGGACUGUGCCCGGUCCAUGGCCUCAUCUCUUGUAAGAAUCCAGGCCCGGAUUUUAUGUUGGUCCCAAGAUGACAACGUGUCGAAUUCUGGGAGGGAGUAGCGUUCAGUAAUAGACUCCAUGGCCUUGGACCAUUUGUUGGAGUGAGAACAAGUUAAAAAGGCUUGCCUGGCUAGUAGGGAACCUGGGGCAUUGGUUAAUUUGCAAUAAAAACUAAUAAUUCUAAUGUGGGCUCUCGCAACAAUGGAGGGGAGGCCCAGUUCUGUUCUUAACUGAGCAGCAACCGAGCCCUUGGGGAGACCCAGUAUCUUUCGUGCAAAAGAGUUUUGUAGGAUCUCCAGCCGUUGUAGUGUUUUUAAAUUCCACCCCCAGAUUUCAACCCCAUACAGUAACAUCGGGAGGACUUUGCUAAUAAAUGCUUUUCUGAUUGGUGGAACCAACUGGCCGCCUUUUGCAUAGAAGAAUUUCUCCAAGGCUUUGAUGGUUCUGCGGGCAGCCAGGAUGGUCAUAUUUAGGUGAGCUGACCAGCUAAGCCCAUGCUGAAAAGUGAUUCCCAAAUACUUGAAGGCUGAGCAAUAUUCAAUAGAGUGGCCCUCAAAGUUCCAGAAUGACUUCCGAGUUUUCGUGCCAAAAGUAAGAAUUUUGGUUUUAGCGAAAUUGAUUUUGAGGGAAUUGGUGUCACAAUAUGUCAUGAGCCCUCUGAGCAUGUUGUUUAAGCCCUGCUUGGUUAAAGACAGUAUCACCAUGUCGUCCGCAUAGAGUAAUAUGGGGAUCUUAAGCUGUUGUAGAGAGGGGGCAGAUUGAUUUAGGGCCUGCAUAGUUGUAACGAUGUCGUUGAUAUAGAAAUUGAAUAGAAAAGGGGCCAAGAGGCAGCCCUGUUUGACCCCUUUAUUCAGAGGGAAAGAAUCAGAAAGAGCUCCCAGGGGGCCGAAUUUUACUCUGGCCGAUAUGUCAUUAUGAAUUUCCAUAAGAAGAAGGAGGAGUCUCUUAUCUAUGUUGGUGUAACUAAGCUUCUGCCAUAGCCUAUCUCUGGGAAUAGAGUCAAAAGCGGAGGUCAGGUCCACAAAAGCCGCGUGUAAUUUGCAGUUAAACCUGUUUAGGUAUUUAUCAAUCAGGGUAAAUAGAACAAGACAUUGGCCAGAAGUACUGUGACCUUUACGGAAGCCAGCCUGUUCCGAGUGGAAUAGCUUUGUUUCUUCUGCCCACUCGAUUAAUUUCUCUAGCAAGAAUCUAGAGUAAACCUUGUAUGAUAUGUCUAGCAGGCUGAUGGGUCGAUAGUUACGCGGAUCUUGUGGGUCCCCCUUUUUAUGUAUUGGGAUGACUAUGCUCUGUUUCCAAUUAGGCGGGAUCUUAAGAGUGGCAUUAAUAGUGGUAAAGAGAGAUGCAAAAAUAGGGGCCCACCACAUCUGGUUCAUUAAGAAUACCUCGGGUGGAAUCAUAUCCUCCCCGGGAUUUAUCCCUGAUAACAUGCUAAUUAGUUGAACACAUCUCUCUGGGGAGACUGGCUCCCAGGUGGGCAAGGCAGAUGCAGGAAUAGUGGAAACUGCGUUUACGUCGGAAUCUGGGGCGGAGUACAGCUGAGCAAAGUGAGAGUGCCAACUGGCUGCUGUGAUGUUAUUAACGAUGAAUGAGGGGGGUCUUAAACCUGCAUUAAUUAAAUUCCAGAAUUUCUUGUCGUCACGGGUUUUAAUGGCCACUGACAAUGCCGUCCAGCGUUCUUUCGCAAAGAUCAAUUUCUUAUGUUGGAGCAACUUCUUGUAGUAAGAACGGAAUUGGGCUAACUCCCUGAUUUUGCUCUGGGUGCUGCCUGAUUUCAUAUUAGACUGAAGAAAUCUAAGCCUACUUCUGCACUGUUUACAUUCUUGGUCGAACCAAGUUUGAUUCUUCCAGGUUAGACUCGCACGGGAGGGUUUCGUAAGUGUUGGGAGCAAGUAGGCUAGAAUUUGUUGGAAACUUGAGAAAUGAUUCACAUUCAUUGUUACCAGCUGGGCUUUCAGGGCUAGGAUCUCAGGGGAAUUUAGGAGGAGUUUUAUGUCUUGCUCCAGAUAGAUAUCCCACUUCUUACGACCGGGGGCUAAGGUCAGUGAAUCCUGGAGGAGGAGUGAGCUGGGGAGCCCCAGCUGUGUGUGGUGGAAGGAGAUGGCAAUAGGAAGGUGGUCACUUUCGGUUCUGUUGAACACAUUGAAGCAUUGAUUCUACUCUGAGUAGACCAAGCAUUAGCUACCACCCUUUAUUUUUACAAGGCAAGUUUUCUAAUUUUCAAAGUACUUUAUAGUCUUCAUAUUUGUACCUGUAGAAGUAGGACUAUUGUUUCCAUUUUACAGAUGGCAAAUCUGUCUCAUGGCAGAGACAGGAGUCAAUCUCAGGUCUACCAGAUUCAGAUUUGCAAUACUAUCCGCCCACUCAUGUUUGCUUUCACUGUCCAUUUGGCCUUUGACAUUUUAUUUCAUGUUCAACUUGAAAUUUGUGCCCUACAAUGACCUUCAAGGCAAAUUCCAAUGUUGCAAAGUUACAUAACUUUACAAGUGUGCAACUGCUGUUUUUGGGGUGUGCACAUAUGUACAGGGUUGCAAACUGAAUGAAAAAUUUGUGAUCUUUUGACAAGUUACUCAUGGAGAUUUUAAUUGCAUUCUUAUAUGCCCAGAGGAGAGAUGAAUAGCUCAAAAGUAAUGCAUAUUACUCUCCAUCAUGUUUCUGCAAGUGGAAAUAUUUUCAAGCAAUUGGCAAGGCAUGGUUAUAGAAACUUGGCCUUCCUAUAUUUGGCAGUACUCCUAUCUUUGUUUAUUACUAGAAUUAUAUGGCUACUUAUCAACACAGGUUCCCUGAGUAGCAUACGGGGCAGAGAAUAAAAUGCAAGAUAAUAAUUACAAGCAUCAAGAAAGAUAAUAAAAUGCAGCAUAGAGCUUUUUAAAUAGCUCAGUAAAAUAAAACACACUUCCACAAUGAGAGCCCAGAAUUUGCAAGUUUAAAAUGCUAGGUGUUUAAAAGGCCUGGAUGGCUAUGAAGAUCUUCACCUGCUGCCCAAGAAACAAUAAAGUAGGUACCAGGAGGGCCUCUAUUUGGAGGUUAUUCUACAGCAAGUGUUCUAUACAACCAAGAAGGCCGUCUUCCUAAUAGUCGCUUGUAUGAAUUUACAGGGGCACACAGACUCCAGUUCCAUCAGCCAGCAUGGCUAGUGGUCAAGGACGAUGAAAGUAGGAACCCAACUCCAUCUGGAGGGCCUCAUUUUCCCAACUCCUGCUUUAAAGUUUCAAAACACCACUUUAAAUUCAGCCCAGAAGCUAGUGAAGCUGAUAAAACACUGGCAUAAUGUAAUUGAAAUAGCCAGCUCCAGUUAAUAAUCUUCUGGUCCUAUUUUGGACCAACUACAGUUUCUAGAUAAUCGUUUAAAGGCAUUGCAGUAGCUGGAGAUUACCAGUGUGUCUGUAACCAUGGCCAAGCUACCCCCAUCCUCAUAUGGUCAUAGCUGGUGUAUCAGAUGAAGGUGAUUAAAGUUGUUUUGAACCACAUAAGCUCCUUGAGCUUCUAGUGACAAUGUUUGAUUCCCAAACACUCCAGAACGGCAAACACUCUGAUCCUUUGUGGCGAGUGCAGCCCCUUUCAGAACAGUUUGAACACCAACCACCAAUAAACACCUACCAGCAAUACUUCCUUGUCUGAACUGAAUAUCAGUUUAACCCCUAUCCAGUCCUUUACUGUACCUUAGUACUGUUUCUAGAAGUGAUAAGUCAGUGUAUGUUCUGUGAAUCAAGUGUUCACAAGAUUUCCACCCUGACCCAUACAAAGUCCUGCAGUUGCAUAUGACAACUCACUCCUUGGCUAAAAGCUAUUCCAGACGAAACUUCUUGGCAGGCAGUAUGUAGCCUGUUGAUAAUACAUUGUUUAUACCUAGUUUAGAAGGUUUCAGCAGUGCUUUGUCUCAUUUUUGAUGAUUUUUCUGCAAAUUGAACAUCUUUCUUAAUCCUUCUCCUUUCCCAAGGAACUUGGCAUAGUAAGAAUGAAAAACUCAGCUGACUUAUCCCGCUGGGCAACACACUGAGCUAUGUAACCUUCCAGUUCUUACAUUCCCAGGGAUGAAAUUCCUAAAUGACCUUGUCAAUUCUUUGAAAUGAAACUUGAUAACAAUCUGAGCUUUGGUGUAGUAUUAAAAGGCUUCCUAGACUGUUUUAACAUCAAAUAUCAGUUGAUCAAGAUUGCCCAAACAUUUCUUUAAACUCUGCUUUUAAUAAUAACACAGUAAAGAAAUGUAGUUCAAAAUAGGUUGAGUCUGUCGACACAACCAAAUAUCAUGGCUUAAAAGGACAAAAUUGAGGUGCAAAUCAUGAUUUUUGGCUUCUUUUGGCCAUACAAUUGCAUUGAUACGCAACUAGGGAUAAUUGCAAAUCAUGUGGUCAGUCUCUCUCUCUGGUAGUUCAGUAUUAGUACAGGGGAAUUCCUGCUUCCACAGGGGUUCUUGGCUGCCACACUUGCCAGUGGGAUGGGUGCAAAUCCAGUCCAUCCCGCUCUGCUGCGUUCUGCUCCCACCCUGCUCCCUUUGAGUGCUGAACACGGCAUGUGUGUCAGCAGUCAUGCACAUGCUGAUCUCACACGCAGGUGGGAAGGUGCCUGUAUUACUUUAGGAGGCAUGGCAAGAAAUAUUUUAAAUCCUGUUAUACCAGCAUCAAAUGUAUAGGUGACAAGCUUACUACACAGACAUGAUGAAAUUCAUAAGCUUCAGUGCCAGGGAUUUUUCCAGCUCUGUUGUUACAAUACCAGUGCUAUCUAAUUCUGGUGUUAAGAUUGAGCAUUGGUGAUCAUAUCUAUACUUUUGUCAGGAGUAUGUACUGCUAAUAACCAUUAAUUAUACAAGGCCAGACUUUCCCCCCAAAAAACCUAUUAUUGAAGUUGCAUGUAAAAAAGAUGCAUUUAAAGAUACGACUAUUGACUCAGUAUAGAAUUUAUGGGGAGAUCUGCUUUUAAAGUGGUGGCAUUUAUUUAAGCAUUUCCCUUUAGCUUUAAUGAAGAAAAGAUCAUUCAAAUGGAAAUAUUUUAUGAGGUAAGACGGUGAAGGUUAGAGUGUUGGGAAACCAGGGUUCAAAUCUCCACUCAGCUAGGAAGCUCCCUGAGUGACCUUGAGCCAGUCAUUGCCUCCCAGCCUAACUUCCCUCACUAGGUUGUUGUGGAGAUUAAAUGAGGACAGGGAGAACCACGUACGCCACUUUGAAGGCGUUGAAGAAAAAGGUGGGAUACAAAUGCAAUGAAUGAAUGAACAGCAUGAUAAGAAAAACUAUGCAAAUAGCUUACAUAGCAACUGUUGAAAAUUAUGCUUUUUUUUGCUUAAGUUAUAUAAGAAUUAAUGCUGUAAAUACAGUAUUGGAAUUGUCCUUCAGAUCACUGAUAUGUUGGUUUCUCUGUUCUCCCAUUGGUGAAAGUAAUAUUUAAAGAGGUGAUUCUUGUCUGCUGAGACCAAAAAAAUAAAAAAAAUUACCCUUCUCUAGCUAAACUUAGUUGUGACUAAGGCCCAAACCAAAUGUAAUGGGCCAACCAUGUUUGCAUUCAUGUGUGUCCCCUAGUCACACUUAAAGCAAACGUGUGUGUCUUUUCACCCCUUUCUUUAUUAUUUUUGCAUGAAAAACAAUGUGUUGGCAUGGGGAGCAAAAUCACACACCCCACCUGCCCUCAUCUAUUCAAGCAUCAUUUUCACCAGCCUGACUCACUUUUCUUAAUUAUGUGAUGGGUUGAAAGAAAAGCACUUGAAGCAUCAGAGCAAAGUGAAAUAUGGUGGACUAAGCACAUGGGGCUAAGCUUCAUUCGCCCCUUAGUUCCAUUUCAUGUGGAUAAGGCUUUAUAUGUGAAUACAAUUUGUGCAUUUCUCUGGUGGCAUGCAAUUUAGCCCCAAGUUCCAUUGAAACCAGUGGAAAAAGUUAGUUGCCAGUAUCCCAUUAUUUUUUGUAGGACUUUUCAUUGGAUUUGGGCUUUUAAGUUCAAGGUGUGUUAAAAUGUGCUCCUGAGUUUGAAAGGCAUAAUACAAAAAUAGAGUGCACAGCAAAUUCUCAAGAUGAGCUGUGAGUCUGGCUUCCUCCCAAACAGACAUGAAUACUGACAAAUUGAAUGCUGGCAUAGCUGUCGGUCUUGACUCUUGCAUGCUUUGAGUAAGCUAUCUAUAUGUUUUUUUAAGUGUAAAACUGCUUCAGGCACUGGCGGGGAAAGGGGACAGAGUUUCUUGGUGUCACUAUAGGGAUCAGGCAGUUGAUGCAGCUUGUAUCUAGUUGCUGUGCUAAACUUCCAUGACUGGUUUUUUUAGAGCCUGACCCCAGUAACUGAUAGGUGUGUUUGUAUUAAACAAAAGCAAUUUUUUUUCUAAAAAUAUCACACAGGUCUUUUCACUAAAAGUAAGAGAUGCUUCUUUGUGAACGGCAAAUCUCAUGGCCUUCAGUGAGUCUUUCAUGUAAUGAUAAUAACUAGCUAAAGGCUUUGUAAGAAACACUUACAAAUUGCUCCAGAAUUCAUUUAUAUUCAGUAUUCUUUAAACCCAGCAUUGCCUUCAAAAUGACUUGCAGGCCGCUUACUUUUCUACAGCCGUCUUUUUUGAGUUUGAAAUAAUACAUUUAUUGUGCAGACUGCACUAAAGGCAGCUUCAGGAACCUUUGAUGAAGUUGAAAUAAAAUAAAAAAUUGUCCAGUAGCAGCUGGUCUCGAAGGUGCUACUGGACAAUUUAUUAUUAUUAUUAUUAUUUAUUUCAACUGCGUCAGACCAACACGGCUACCUACGUGAAUCUUUUAUGAAGUAAUACUGAAAGUAUUCUAGAACACUUGUGUUUGAACUUCUAACUUCUUGGAAUUAUAUUAUUUAUGUAAGUUUCUUUCUUUUUUAUUUUUUAAAAAGGGAAAUCUUGAAUUAUAAUGAAUUAUUAGUGACGUAGCAGAAAUAGUUGGGGUUGGUGCAAAUGACCCUACAAGCAGGGCUCCGCAGCUGCUGGCUGAGCUCGGAGCUCUCAUCAUCCCCUUGUUGGUUGGAGCUGCUGUGCAGCCAUUAUAAUUACUUUAUUAUUUAUUGAAUUUUUAUACUGCCCUAUACCCGGAGGUCUCUUGGUUGCCUCCUGUCUGCUUGCCUUUCUGUUGCAGGAAAGGCAACCAGAGACCUUGCUGAUUUGGCUACUGUGCAGCUGGAGAAGCUUCCUGCCUCCCUUUCUUGAGGAAAAAGAGGCAUAACAGUUGCUACCUUGGCCAUUCAACCAUGCAAUGGUUCAACCAAGUGCUGCCGUUUCCUGCUGGGUGAUUGGGGAGAGGGUUUGCCUGUUUGGUUCUACAUUGCCAGUGCACUCCAGGUGCCUCACCAAUGCACCAUCCAAAAAGACCCCAGCCUUCUUCCCAAGCUUGGAGCUUGGGAGGGGGCUGGAUAUCUCCAUGCACCUCUUGGGGCUGAAAUUACGCAGCUCUACAGUUCAGGAGAAAAGCUGGGGGCUCACCAUUCUUGCCAGACGUUUACAGCACACUUGCCAUGGUGAGUGAAGAUGUGGAAGCACAGUUGCUAUGUUGUCCUUAUCAAAAAGGCUCAGUCCUUCUGAUGAAUUUUAAUUUUGUUGAAAUUAAUCUUGAGAAUUAAGACAAUGUGCCACUCUUCCGUUUUCUCUACGAUUCCAGUCCAUGCAAUACUGGCGGCACUGUUCUUGUUGAAUGGGUGCCUCUGUGGCAGACAUCUCUGAUCAGGAAAAGGAACACAAGUAGCCAUCACUGUCAGAGAUUGUUGCCUAGGACAAGCACUGCUGUCUCCAUAGCCCAACUACCUUUCAUACUGUGAUAUAUCGCUGGGGUUUUGUUUUUUUGUUUUUUUAAAAAAGUAAAUUAAGAGGUGGCUGACUCCAGUGUUUCAAAAACAACAACAGCAGUGGCAGCAAAGUAAAGAACUGUUUGGUGAAUUCUCCAAAUUUACAUAAACCUUAGUUAACAUUGUUCAGUUAUAAUAUUGCAUUAAUUACAUUUUAAAAAUACAUUGUUUCACAAUAAAGGUUCACUAGUUCGUGUCUGUAUCUAGGAGAUGUAGCAGAUCUGCUGAUAAUGUAUCUUUCUUGUUCUAGCAAGAGAUAAUGCUUUCAAAAUACUUGAUCAACAUGUUAGGAUGUUUAUCUUCGGUAAGUUUUAAAAGCAAGACUGAGGGAGUUUUUUUAAAAAACAACAACAACAUACCAAACAUUUUGAUGUUCUGAUUGAGGAAAUAAAACACCCUAAUCCUCAAGAUUCACAUCAGUCCUAGCCAACAUGACCAGUAGUCAGGAGUGAAGGACAAUGUAAUUUUUGAGGCAGCCCCUGCAAGAGCAUCUGCCUGGGUAGUGGUGCCUGCAACAAAAGUGAUGUGGAGGCUGAAUCCAGCAACUUAACUGUAAUUGAUAAAGCUCAUCAUCAUGGGUGAUGCCUUGUGUUGUGCCUUGUUCUGAGGCAGAAUACAGUGGAACCUCUGGUUGCGAACGGGAUCCAUUCUGGAGGUCCGUUCGCAACAUGAAAAGAGCGCAGCCUGCAGCGGUGCAUCUGCGCACGCGCCGGUUGCGAUUCGCUGCUUCUCCGCAUGCGCAUGGCGUCAUUUUCCGCUUCUGCGCAUGCACAAGCGGCGAAACCUGGAAGUAACCCUUUCCUGUACUUCUGGGUCGCUGCGGGACGCAACCUGAAAGAACGUAACAUGAAGCGGACGUAACAUGAGGUAUGACUGUAGUGUCCAAUAGGAAACUAGUUUGCUCCCAAAGGAAGUUCAUUUUUCUGCCUUUGUGGGUGGUGUGCAGCAACAUCUGGAGAGCCACAGGUUCCCCACCCCUGCCAUAAUCCAGCCAAGUUUGACAUGUUUGGAGGCAAGUAUACCAUGCUAAAUGACUGUUAGGUUAUUGUAUUUUAUGCUGUCUUUUUAAAAUACACAUGUCUCCAUUAUGAGCUGUGCUAGAAUUAGCAUUUCUGUGUUCAACUUUGGAUAUAAAGUUGUACUUUGGAAACUAUAAGUGGCACCCAGUGCUAGUCCUACUUAGAGUAGACCCAUUGAAAUGAACAGACAUGGGCAAUAGGCCAUCUGCAUUUUGAGAAGAUGACUUUCAGUCAGUAAACUUGCUGCCAGUGCAAUCUCCAUACUCCAUGUCUAGUGUGGAAUGAAUUAUUUAAAGACAGGAACCUAUCUGCCAGAAUUAGGAGAGAAGCAAAAUCACAAGAUGUGGCUUUCUAUUAACAUGCAUUCUUGGGCUGAAAUAAGUUUAAUGAGUAGCAACUUGAACUUUAAUCAGUUGGGAGAAACUGAAUGCUGAAAGAAUAAUCUUCUUACCGCUGUUGUGCAUUGACAUGUUUGAAAAUCAUAUGUUUCUGGCUAUUUCAGAUUAACUAUUAGUGCUGCUAUGCAGGAUUCUUCAAGGUUUUAUUUGUUUAUUUGUUUGUUUUGUUCAAAUACAGUUUGUGUUCAUAGGUAGUAAAAAACCUAAAAACUUAAGAUUUAAAAAAUUCAGAUUCAUAGGUGUCACCACCAUAUUUUUAGGCACCUGCAAAAUAUUUAGUCCACACCUUAAGACGUUUGACUAAAGCCUACAAAUUAUAGAGGAGACAAUUUCCCAUUUAUCCCCAACCCAGUGGUUAUAGCAAAAGCUAUAAAUGCAUUUAAAAAAUACACAUCCAGGCAUUUGGGCCAGUUGCAAAUCCUUUGUGUUUGACAAAAUUUCCUUUGUUAGUAUUAAUUUUCAAUGCCAACUUUGUGUGUGUGUGGAUGUGAUGAAUCUUUAUAGCUGAGCAGAGUGUGUUUCUCAGACAUUUUGUAUGUUCCUCAGGGUACUGGAAUUCAGAGAAAAAUUUACUGAUUUUUGGCAGAUAUCCUAGAAAAUGCUAGUUAUUUCUGACCAGCACUGUUUAGCAAGGUUUCCUGAAUUAAGAGUUGUACUUACUAUACUUGAAAGAACUGUUUAUAUCAGUGGCUGCUAGUUUUGUACUCAGAAGUAUUAAGUGGAAGUUGAAAAGAGAAGGGGGGGGGACUUGAUUGAAACUGCUAAUUGUAUCUCCAUAUAUCAAUCCAAGUAUUUAUGACUGAACUAGGGUAUAGUUGUUUGUCCUAUAGAUUGUGGGUUCUGAAUGUUGAAGGAUGACAGAAGACCCAACUGACUUGUCAUAGAUGGUCACUUUAGGGCUUCCUUGGAGAGAGGAAGACUUACAGUACUCUAUUGUUGGGAACACACUUCUACACCCUUCUUCUGCUGUUGCUAGUAGAAAUAGGUUUUGACCCUUUGUGGUUGGUUUUCACCAUAAAGGCUUGCUGAAAUCCAUAAUAACUCUUGUUUGCAAUAUGUGAUUGCAUUUGAUGCCCUAUUGUCUUUUGAAACAUGAAGAUGAUUGAACUACUUUAACUUAGGAAAGCCAGUUAAUUAUCUAACCAGCUUUCCUGAGUUUAAAAAAGUAGUUAAAUCCAGGUUGUCUACCCCAGACUAGAGCAAUGAAAUUUACAGUUUGGGGGAACUUAACACAUAUAUUACAGCAGUUCCUAAAGGGGUAAUCUUUUGUAAGUAUCAGAUCUCACAUUGAACUGCUUUAAUAUUGACAAAUGUCCCCCAAACUGCAGAUUUCAUUGCUCUAAACAAGGAGCAAACAACCUGGUGUCCUCCAAAUGUGCUGGACUACAACUUCCAUUAUCCUGGACCAUUGAAGCUGGCUGUGGCUGAUGGGAGUUGGAGUCCAGAGCAUCUGCAAGGUGCUGGGCUGCCUACCCCUGCUCUAAUCAGUGCACGGCUGCUGCUAUUUGGAAAUUUAGAAAACUUGUUCAUUGGAUUAGUGUUACGUGUGAAGAAGUUACAAAUAAAACUAUCAUGGUAAAAUAGGCCUGAGUCAAUUGAAUUUUAUUGAUGUUCAGUUAUAUUAUUUAGUUAUAUUUGUUUCGUCUCUUUUUUGUGAGUAGAUCUUUGCAGCUUCACAACUUACCUGUGAAAGUAGAUGAGCCUGAGAGAGAGCAACUUGGUCACCUUUUAAAAUUAUCCCUCUGCUGCUAGAAUUAGACCUGAAACGAGUCUCUAAUACAAGGCUUUUUGGAGUUGAGAUGGGAUUUUUUUGGCAUGGGGGUCACAGCUGGAGGGGGAAAUGGUUAGCCCUCACCUUCCCAGCUGUGACCCGCCCCCCAAUUCCCCCAUGCUUCAGUCAGCCUUGAAAAAAGCCUUGCAUUGACUGCAAUAUAGGGUGGAGGAGUAGGGUGAAGUGAGGAGCCUGGGCACAUGCUUAGUGUAGAUGCUUAGUUGGCAACUCAUAAACUUGACAAUUGGAGCACCUUUAAUAAAACAAUUGCUCAAGUAAACUGUAAACGGUUUGGGUUUCUUUGGCUUAGUUCCAUAUCUUGAUAAUUCCCAUUGUUUGUGUAUCAUGGUGACUUGUAACAUUUUCAAAAAAUAGAAUACUUUUCUUAUAAUCUUCUCUUUUUAUUUGCAUUUUUUCUUGAUUCUGAAACUUUUGGAAAGCUUUGCAUGUUUUCACUUAUGGUGAAGUGGACCACAUAGUGAAAAGGAAAAAAAAAAUGUUUUCUGAACAAUGUGAUAUGUAACCUGUGUGCUUUUUAAAAUUAACUCAGGAAAAGAACUCCUAGAAGAACAUUGUAGACAUUCCACAAAUAUAGCUAGUUAACUCAAGAGAAGUCUGCUUUUUCAUCAAAAGGAAACAGUUAGAUGCACUAGUUCUUGCUUGAGAAAGGGAGAACUGUGGGUUCUUGUGGAGUAGACAAGAAACAACCAACACUAACUUGGCCAGAAUUUUUUGCAUUCUGUAUCCUGUGGCUACAGCAUCUCUGGAUGUGUGUGUGUGUGUGUGGCUAACCAUUUAUAUUUAUCCCAGAGCCUGAUGUGGGUGACUUCCAUGCUCUUUACGCUCAACUUCUCCGUAAUUUUUAAUGCUGAUAAUCGGGUAUAGACUAAACCAGGGAUGGGGAACCUCUUACCCUCCAAAUGUUGGAUUCCAGCUCCCAUUAGCCCCAGCUUGUAUAGCCAAUGGCCAGGUAGGAUGGAGCUGUGGUCCAGCAAACAUUUUGAGGGUUCAACUGAUGUUACACUGGCACAAAAUUUAGAGUAGGUCCCAUUCCCUCUCCUUCAAUCCUUUUAUCACACCCUUUCCAGUGAAGUGUUCCUGCAGACAUACAAUAGGCAUAAAAGCUGGCAUAUAUUUAUUUAACUUAUUUCCAAACCACAGUUUGUAUAAUUACCUGGAACAUAGCCAAGCUUUGAGUUACUGCUCAGAAAUGUGAUAUAAAAAAUGGCUAUUCACCUGUUCACGAUAUUCUCUGCUAUUCACGAUAGCAGAGCAUUCCUCAUAGGGAUGGCACUUCUUACUGAAAGAAUCAGGCAGGGUCCUCAAAAGCCAUUUGCCUAAGAAAUGGCUGCCUUGGUCUGAACAGUCAUAAAGGUUGGAUAGUUGGUAUGGGGUUGCCUGUAUACUCUGAAACUCUGAACUGAUACCUGGGGUGACUCCUUUGCUGCAUUGUUUUUUGGCAUAUUCUAAAAGCUUUUACUUUUUUGGGGGUGGGGAGUAGAUCAGCUUGUUGUUACCAUUUUUAUUUGUAUUUUUAAUGUGUGGUGUGUUUUAUGUAAACUGUUUAGAUGUUUUGAUGAUUUAGUGGCACGCAAAUCUGGUUAAAUAAAAAAACAGAAGGAAGUCCUAUUGAAAUCUGUGGGACCAAAGACACAACUACACUUACCCAGCAAAGAUAGGUUUCCAAGUGUGAAUGUCUAGAUGAGGGGCAGUUGUGGGUUACCUGUUAACCCCAGGAUUGCCUCCUCUCAACCCACACCUCCUGCACAGCCUGCUUUUUAUCUCAGAGCUUGGAAAAAAAUAAGAUGAACAUUGUCCAGUGGAAGGAGUUGCAGAGAUGAAUCUUAGGGUGCCAAAGUAUUAAAAGAGCCCCUCCUGCCUGCUAGUAUCCUGCCUGCCAGUAUUCCUCUGCAAAUGCUUCGCCUCAGCAGAGCAUUUUGAGGCAAACACUAGUUUGUACAUUUCCUUUUCACUUUAUGAGUUGUAGGUCUGCUCUUAUAAGUGAUUUUAAAUUGGUUGAGACUGUUAUCCUUACCAGACUUGGGCUGUAAUCCAAAGCACACGUAAUGUGGAUGCAAGUCCCAUUGAACACAGUUGGACUUACUUUCAAGUAUGCAUGUACAGGAUUGGUGUUAAAGAUUACAACUGAGACACUGUUCUUAUCUUAGUCAUAUUACUGUGUAAUUGGUCUAACUCAUCUCUCUCUUCUUUUUCAGUCUUCAUGAAGAAAUCAUUGAUUUCUACAAGUACAUGUCACCCAGACCUGAAGAAGAAAGAAUGCGAAUGGAGGUGGUGAAUAGGAUAGAAAACGUUAUAAAGGGUCUAUGGCCCAAUGCUGAUGUAAGAUUAACAAAAUUCUGUUGUACUUUACUAUUUUAAAUAUUUCUAUUUCUGCUUGAUGAUUGGGAUGUCCCCCCCCCUGCAAAAAUCCACAAUUCCACAACUAGAAAAUGUAAGCCCUAGAAUGAAAAAUAUGUAAAUGAGGCAAAUAUGAACAAUUUCAACCUCAGUUGAUAUUAAGGUUAUGAUUUGUUGUACACUUAUUCUCAGACUCAGUGUGUUAGGAGCAUAUUAGAAGAAAAAACAAAUUCCUGUACUGAAUGAAAUAUCACUGGAGAUUGGAAGCUCCAGCAGCCAAAGUUUAGCAGCAAGACUGAUGCCUGGUGUUUUUGUGUACUAGGGGUUGUGGGUCCACAAAUCACCCCUUACAUUCCAUUUCACCACUUGCAUGUAGCAGUUGCCUUCAACUGUGUAGAAGGAAAGGGAGCAAAGGUAAAGGGAAGAGAGAAAGAUAUGCCCCAAAAUAAUUGUAAAACAAACAAGCUGCUGAAUUUUGGCUAUGAUGAGCUUUGGGUUUUAUUCUGUAGCUGCGUAAAUUCUGUGACUUAAGUGAUUUGCAAAAGAGUAACAUGUAAGCAGAACUUGGGGGACUGUUUAAUAUGUCCUUUACAUAAGGUAGUGAAAGCAUGCUCUGAAAGCUGGUUGAGAAAUUCAUUUAGUUGCUUACUGGCUUAACAGACAAGUCAUCUUCGCUGGCAGGAAGAGCACCUGUACAAAACCUGCCUGCCCCUUCCCUCUACUCAUUCCUAAAUCCAUUCUUUUCCUGUUAACUUGAUCCAGUCAUACUUGCCGUCCACAUCUGGACUGAAAUGAAAACACUGCAGUCUUAUAUUCCAUAGAAAUAUUUCCUGUGGCUGCACAAUUCAUAGAAAGCUCUUGAACCCUGCCUCCUUUUUAGGGGAUUUUUUUCUUUCUUUAAGUAGUUUGCGUACACUCGGUGUGUUUAAGAAAAAAGAUAAAACAGGAUCGAUGGUAUUAAGCAAGCAUUUAUUAAAACUAUGCCUUUAUUUAUAGAAGCCAGCAAUUGUGUCAUUUGCUCUAUUGCUCCAGGGAAUGUGCUUAGACGGAAACAUUCCUAGUAAGUGAGAACUGUUCUUGGCAUCAGCUGGGCUCCACUAUAAGAGUGGCUGAGAGAGGCUUUAAUUAUCCUGGGGUUGGGACGACAGCACAGCUGACAUGAAGAGGAAACAUGUUAGAUUGGUUUUGAAAAAGAAAGUAAACCUUGUUAAAAAGAACAAACAGUACACCAUUGCAUUUUAAAACUCUAAAUGGUCCUUAGCACGACGCCAUGCAGUUUCCUGCAUAGGAAGCCUGGCGCAUGCUUACAAACAUUGUUAUUAAAUGUGGGGUGGCUAGGAGGGUAUGCACAUGCCAAGAAUCUUUCGGCACCUAUCACAGUGACUCUCCCAUGUCCACCAAGGAGCCUUGGAUCAGGAGUGCAGCUAGAGUUAUGCCUGGAUUUGCAUCACAGAGUCCUCAUAACUUAAAGGGCUUUCUAAUCUCUGCACACUAGUAUUUACACUAAGUCCAGGAUCAGUCUUAUCACUGAUCGUUUCUAUAUAGCUGGUUCCAUUGAAAGAGAGUUUCAAUUAUAAGGUGACCCAGGGUCCUCAAAGCUGAGCAGAAUUAGCUCUCUCAGAUAAAACCUUGUGUUGUUUUGACCACAUUGACUUCACAUUGUGUAUUGCGUAAUUACGAUAAGAGUGUGUGAAAGUUCAGUACAGGAAAACCUGCUGGAGGAAAGAGUUUGGCCUCUGAAAACUGACCGGAGGAGCCAUAGCUCAGUGGUUCAGGUCAUGUUUUGCAUGGAGGAGGCCUGUGGUUCAAUCCUUGAUGCCUCCAGUAGCAAGAAUCUGGUAGAAGGUAAAGCAUUUCUCAUUGCCUAAAAUCCAAGAGAGCCACUGCCAGUCAGAAUAGACAAUCUUGGGCUAGAUGGGCAAAUAAUUCUGGCCUAGUAAAAGGCAGCUUCCUAUGUCUCUAAAGAUAUUGGCUUGCAGGGCAAAGGGAGAGCUACCUGGGGGAGUUGUUCAAGAUGGAGGGAUCCUGGCUUGCUUUGUCUGAUUCAGUAGAAGGAAGCUUCAUAAGUUGAGUUGGCAAUACUGUGCUCCUUCUUAAAAACAAAGGUUGAAUACGCUUUACAAAUCCUGCGGGAAAGGGGUGGGACAUACGACCGGCUAUUUGGAUCCCAAAAACCACGGGGUUCAAAAUAAUCCUGAAGGUCACUUCAGGUUCUGCAGAAAAACUUGUGUGCUGCUGCGGCCUUCCCCAAAGAGCACAUCUUGUCGAUCUAAAUUGUAGUUUGGAGAACCUGCAGUUACUGUGAUUUGUUUGUGCUGGAGUUGUUUCCACUGUGUGUGUGUGUGUGUGUGUGUGUGUGUGUGUGUGUGUGACUGUGUUUUCUCUGUUCUGCACAGCUCAGCAUGAUGAUGACACAAAAUGUCUAGUUAGCAUAUCUGUUUGAAGAGAGCUGCUAAAUUAUGGCACGUGAAGGAUAUAAUUGAAAUUCAGAAUUUUCUUACAAAUAGAUGGCAGGAGGUACAUUGUAGAAGGCUGGCAUAACCUGAUCAGACUAUUUGCCUACCUCAGUUUUGUCAAUUGUUGGUCGCACCAGGUGCCAGCUCUCAGGCACCUGAUAUUUUUAUUUAAUUGAACCUGGAACCUCCUUCAUGCAAAGCAGAUGCUCUCACUGAGCUUUGGCUUCUUCCCAUUUGUCCAGUCUGAGGGGAAUGGAUAAAGCUAUACUCAUCUCAUUUUCCAAGUGUGGUCGAGAGCUGACUUUUUCUUAAUAUGGGCCCCAUCUAUGCUAUCUAAAGCAGUAUCAUACCAGUUUAAACCAAAUAAUCCUAGGAAAUGUAGUUUGAUAAGGGCACCGAGAAGUGUUAGGAGACACUUUCACCUUCCAAAAGUCCCAGUUCUCAGAGUGAUUUUACAACCAGUGACUCUUCCCAAGGAACUUGAGGGAAUUGGAGCUCUAACAGCUCGUGGCACCUUCACCCAACCACAGUUCCAAGGAUUGUGAGGCAAGCAAUGACUGUUUAAAGUGGUAUGACGCUGCUUUAAAUGUAUAGUGCAGAUGGGGCCAUAAACAGAAAAUAAGUUUUGAGUUGUAAAGGCACCAAGAGGAGCGGUUUAUUUCCCCCUCCACUUUCAAUUAUUUUUGUAAGAGUUUGUAAGUUUUAAAAAUUGAGUAUAGUGUUACUGUUCUCAAUCAUUACAGUUCACAUGGUAUUUGGAAUAUAACAGUUAUCUAAUUUUGAAAUAAUUUUGUUAAAGUGCCUACUUAAUAACAUUACUUUUUAGAAUUGGCAAUUAGCUGCUAUGGUGUUGAAUAUUCAGAGUUCAAAUUCAUGUCCUAUAUUAUUCUUCAAGCUUUUCCAAAGUCUGCCAGUUGAGGGCAGUCACAUUCAAUGUUAUUUUUUUCUCCAUAUGUUUUUGGUGAAGGAUUUUAACUUCCUACUUUCAUGUUUUUUUCCAGGUACAGAUAUUUGGAAGUUUUAAGACUGGUUUAUAUUUACCUACUAGGUUAGUAGUCUUUAAUUGCCUCUUAUUCUUACACUGAAUAUCACAUUUUUCCUUCCCUGCUUAUAUUUAACUUGUAAGUCAUAUUGAAAUUGCAUAACAGCUGUUUUGAUGUUAUGGAGAUGAAAAGUUAUAUAAUUUCACCGGAAAGCAAAUUUGAAGUUCAAGGGAGUCAAAGUCGCUGUCAACAUCACUUUCCCUUUACUGACUUGGCUGUUGACAGAAGAUAGUCCUGCACAUUUAUAAAUUAUUGUUUCUAAUUAUGUAUUUCCAAUCUUUACCAAUGGAAAUCUGGCCAAUGUGACUUGCAAGUACAGUCAGAAUACAAUAAUAAAACCGCAGUAAGAUUUAUUGAAGCUCAUCAGAAUCCAGGAGAAGAGAGUCUAGCUGGAGCAGACACCCGGUUUAUCUUUUGUCUAGCUCCCUCAGUCUCCUGUUCGUUUCAGCAGGACAUUUUGUGAUCCUGUGGAAAGGAGAAGGGGCAGUCUACUUGGAGUAGGCAUUGGUUGGUAUAUUUACAUGCCUCCCUUACUGUCUCUCACUCCUUUCCACAGGGCAGCUUGUGUCAGGCAAUGCCCUGAGUAGACACUUCAGAGACAGCUGCUUGAACUGUCAUUUAGUAUUUGACCUAGAUGAUGCUGUGCAAUAAAAUACCUACCUGCUUACCUACCUGGCCACCUAUUGUGUUCUAACACUGGGCUGGUGAUGCAUUUAAGCUGGAGGAUUAACUGAUUUAUAGAUGCUUCUAACCCACAUUUCAACCGUAAAACUCCUUGGGGCGGUUUAAAGUUAAAAAUCACAAUAAUAAUAAAUUCCAAAAACAAAUAAUGACAGCAGUGUCAGAAAAGAAUCAGCACAGGGUAGAAGUAGCAAAAUGAAACCAUUAAAAGCCAUGGAUGUGAGUUAAAAGCUCAAGUAGGUAGGAUGUCCUCAGCCUGGUAUUUUAAUGGUAACAGUGAAGGCUCCAGGCAAAGCUCCCGCGGAGGGAAUUCCAAAGAUGGGAAGCUGCCAUAGAAAGGGCCCUUUCCUGCAGUUGAUACUCGCUUUAUAUCUGAAGACAGGGGAAUUUGGAGAAUGACCCCAGAAGGUUCACUUGGGUAAUGAUGGUAUUUCAGGUACUUGGUCCCAGAUUCUGUAGGAUGGCACAGGGGGUGGGUUAUCUAUGUUGGAGCUAUUUGUGUCAUCCUGUACCUUUGCUGUGGUUAUGAUUGUGUACAUUCCCCUGCGCAUUUAGUUGUAUCGCCUCUGUGGCUGUGGUUCAGGGAGUCAUAGUGUGUUUCCCGCCCCACCCUAUCUUGGAUCUUGCAGCUGAGAAACACUCUGUUUCUACAGAUUUCCUCAUAACCUGUGAGCUGCGAGUUAUUUGUCUGAGAGACUUGGGGACUUCAGAGCCACAAGCCACCAAACUGCCAGGGAUAUUAGUUUGUAUAUUAGGAGGUGGCCAUAGAGUGCCGUUUCUCGAACUCUCACAGCCAAGAAAAGUGUUUUGAGUCACUUCUGUUCACUUCAGAAAUACAUGGCGUGAACAGGAUUUUAGAUCCCUGCCCUAGAAAAGCUUUGUGUCAAAUUUAAUCACAGUUCUGUGAUUAAAAAGAAAGGUCUUUCUGAAUUUACUUCAUAGAGAAUCGUCUAUUAAUUUGCUGCCUCUUAAUUUCAGUGAUAUAGACUUAGUUGUGUUUGGGAAAUGGGAGACGUUGCCGCUUUGGACCCUGGAAGAGGCUCUCAGGAAACACAAUGUGGCAGAUGAAGGUUCAGUAAAGGUUUUGGACAAAGCAACUGUAAGUUUCUCUCUCUCUCUCUCUCUCUCUCUCUCUCUCUCUCUGCUUUACUAAAAUUGGGUAUUCUUUAACAAAUAGAAAAAGAAAAAAGAAAUACACUAAAGGAACUUAGUACUAUACAGCUGCCCUUGAUCUCUGAAAGUUGCAAGCCGAAUCAGUAAAUUAUUGUUGAUUGCUGUUGCUUUUUAAAUUCUCUGUAUCUGUUAGAAGUGGGUCCUCACACAUGCAAAUAAGCCCAAAAGAUUGAGGAAGGGGCAAUAGAGUAAGAAUGGGCUUGGUAAGGAAGGUUCUCAUUCUCAGCAAAACAACUAUGGGGGAGGUUGAAGAACACAAACCAUGAAUCUUUUUUCAUGGGCACACAGUUACUGCAAAUGUUGCCAGUGUGACAAUUUGCAGUAUCCUUUUAAAAGAAGCCUUCCUUGCUUUAUUGCUGUUCUUGCGCCAGAAUCCAGAGAACCACACAACUGGUUGUGCAUGCCCAAAGGAGCUUUGGGUUUGCAUUUCCCAACAAACACAUCAUUCUGCACAGCAAAAGGACCGCCAAAACCAGUUUGGGAACACCGCAUUGGGGGUUGUUGUCAUUGGCGGUCUGCAGUUCAAAGAAAAGUCUGGUUUCAAAGGGCAUCCUCAAGCCUCUGGUCACAAGUGUUGUUGCAUUCUGGUCUCAGUAAACAGUUAGCCAAAUAAUCUAGACUUUUAAAAAAUUUUAGAGACCAAUUUCAAAUCCUUGAUGUACUUUAGCACUAUGGAUUUGAGUCUAGUUGCUAUUGCUUUUUUCAAUGAUAUUUCCUCAAAUCCUUACAUGUGAAUUCAGCUCCUGAUGAUAAAGCCACGUUUUCUUUCUGAAGUAACAUGAGAAGCACCUCUGGGAUGUGAAUGGCUUGCUUCUUAUGUCAGGCCUUACGUGAAGAAUAGCUUUAUUCUGUGGCCUCCUAUCUCCCCCUGCUGCCUGUUCAUGACUGAAAAGCAACUGCUUUGUGACUGGAGUACUAUUGCAUCCCUCCAUGGUUGUAUAAAGGACCUCUUGUAUGUAGCAAAAGGCUGAGCUCUGUGAAGAUCGUUUUGUUUUAAUUUUAAGUGUGUGCUGUCCUUGUCUAACACUAAGCGUAUAGGAGAAAGAGAGUUCACUCUUGGAGAUAAAUGUGUUGUUUUGCUUUUUCCUCAGGUCCCUAUAAUUAAACUGACUGAUUCCUUCACUGAAGUAAAGGUUGAUAUCAGUUUUAAUGUACAGAAUGGGGUAAAAGCUGCUCUUCUCAUCAGAGAUUUUAUCAAGGUUAGUUGAUACAUGGAAACAUCAAAGAAGCAUUUCAGUAAAACGCAUUGCAAACUUUGUAUGAGAAAUGGGGUGAGCAAAAACAGAACUCCACAGUGCCUUCUGGUGUCACAGUGUAGAAUGCAUAAACAACACAUAUAAAGUGCUUUUUCUUUGCCUGUGUAGCUGAGGCCAUGGCUAAGCUUCAAGAGGUGUAGGCAACAGGAGAUUUGGGGCAUGUUCUUGAAAAUUCAUGUUGUUUCUCCUCUCUCCGUUUCUUAAAAAAAUACAUUGUAUUUCUGAUGGUCUCCAUAUGUUGUUGGACUCCUUUUCCCCCAUCAGACUCAGCAAGCCUGGCCAGUGGUUGGCAUAGAUGAAACUGUGCAGUCCAAUAAAAUCUGGAGAGCAUCAGGUUGGAGAAGGAGGCUGCUAGAAAACCUCAACCCAACCGUGUUUAAAAGAGUGAAAACAAUGAAAAAAUUGAGAGGUCCAAAGCAUUUAUAUAGGGUAUCUCCAAUGGUAGAUUACUCUAGUAGAAGCUCUUGCAAUCUGCCUGCCUUUCUUCAGGCCUUCCUACAUCAUGUUGUCUCCCAAAAGCUUCUCCUGAUUGUUUGAGAGCUCUCUGGUACAGUGUGAUCUGUAUUCUGGUGAAAAAGAAGCCUUAAAAUGGCAAAUGGACUUAAUCAGAGCCUGUGAGAAGUUGUAUGGAAGGGAUGGUGGUUCUGGGGUCAGACCUGGCCUACCCAUGAGGCGGGGUGAAGCAGCCACCUCAGGCUGCGAAAGCUUAAGCAGUUGCACCCCAUCCACCCCAGCCUUUUUGCUGCCACCGGAACACCCCCCCCGGCACAGUUUUGGGAAGAGGGAGGCAUCCUGGUGCAUGACAUUGCUGCUUGUCUUCCCCACCCUGGGAAACAAUGAGUUUUGGUAAUAGGGGGGCAUUCUGACAGCAGAAGAAGUGGUGGGAUGGGCGGAGUGGCAGCAGCAGGGGGCAGGAGGUGGCACAUUUCUGUUUCACCUCAGGUGGUGAAACGGGAUGGGCAGUCCUGCAACUACAACCAAGUUGAGCCUGCCUGCAUGCCAAGGCUAUUCACAAAAGAAUAGAAAUGGAAGUGUUAGCUUUUUGUUUGCCAAAGUGGUCCUUAGCACUCGGGGGCCAGUAAGAAGGGUAGUAGAGUCCUACGAGAGGGGCAGGUGGGGCUUGUCAGCCUGCGAAGGUAGCCCAUCUAGGAGAAGGACAGCUCUGAUCCUAAACAACUGCCUUGUGGGAUAUCUUCAGGAAAUGCUAAUGAGUAGACUCUACACAAAUCUGGAGUAGAGUCCAGUAGACUCCAGAUUUGUGUAGAGUCCCUAAGAUGUUUGAAUGGCGCCUUGUACACCUCCUUCCAGCAACACAUGCAGCUAAGCUGGUGCCAAAUGUAUUGCUCUGCUUUCAUUUGGACCACAUCAGCGAGGCUGAGAGGGGCUUCUUAUCAUCUGGGCUGCCUAGCACCUCCUUACGCACUGCUCAAUCUUGCGUCCUGGGGAGGUCACUCCGGUGCAGCUGAUGCAGCAGUUUGACUUCAACCCCGGAGGCACACUCCAUUGUCUCCCAAGACAGAACACCUGACCCUGAAUGGUGUUGCUCCUUGUUUUUAAUUAUUUUAUCACUAGAUGGCACCAGAGGAUAUGUGUGGAUCUGUCUUUGGCUCUCCCCAGUUAAAGUAGACUUUUUGAGCAGGUUAUAUUAUUAUUUAUUACCAAAUUGGAUUGUACAAUUAAUGCAAGCGUUUGGUAUCACGUACUAUUUCCAGUAUAGAAAGCUCUUAUACCUUUAGCAUUGGAUGAGUUUCCAGAGGAGUUUUGUUUGUUAUUAGACAGACAACCAACAGGUUGUACAUUUUAUGGUGUGUCUGAGAGUGCCUGUAAGGUGGCUUAUGGCAAUAAGUAUGAAGGCUGAUUUCACAUUUUGUUAGCAAACUGGAAGUUAAAGUUCAGUGUGAGAAGGAAUCUAGAAAAGGAACCAUGUAGGCUUGUCCACUAGUCAUGCUAGUCCAUUAUCUGUUGUUUCAGCAAGUAGCAAAUCAGCAAAUAAAUUGGCAGGCCCUUUUUCUCUUGCAAGGUAUGAGUACUUUGAACACUACUGAGUGACAGUUCACCUAUUAAGCUGUCAAUAUCUGCUGAGAUCAGACCCAUAUUCUUUGUGCAAUACAGUGGUAACUCAGGUUAGGAACUUAAUUGAGUAGUAUUAGUAGUAUUAGUAUCUCUGAGUAGUAUUAGUAUCUUCUGCUAGUGGUGCUCAUCCAGUUGCAGGUGUUGGUUAAAGAACAGUCUUACAUUGGGUCAGGCCAUUGAUCCAUCUAGUCAAAUGCUGCAUGCCUUGACAGCAGUAGAUCUCCAGCAUUAUGGGUAGAGAUUUAUUGUGUGAACCGCCCUGAGACCCCCAGGUAUAGGGCGGUGUAUAAAUUCAAUUAACGAUGAUGAUGAUGAUGAUGAUGAUGAUAAUAAAAAAUAAUAGGUUUUGCUCUGCUAUCUCAGAUCCUUUUAAGUAGCAAGAUCAGAGAUGGAAAUUUGGACUUCACACAUGUGAAGCAUGUUGUACCCCCUCCCAUUGAAUCAAAACCAUUUCUUACCUGUACUGUUUCUCAAGCUGAUCAGCACUACCGCUUGCAGUGGUACCUUGGGUUAAGUACUUAAUUCGUUCCGGAGGUCCGUAUUUAACCUGAAACUGUUCUUAACCUGAAGCACCACUUUAGCUAAUGGGGCCUCCUGCUGCUGCCGUGCUGCCGGAGCACGAUUUCUAUUCUCAUCCUGAAGCAAAGUUCUUAACCCGAGGUACUAUUUCUGGGUUAGCGGAGUCUGUAACCUGAAGCGUAUGUAACCUGAAGUGUCUGUAACCUGAGGUACCACUGUAAAUGGAAGUCUAAUUCCCAUCUUCUUUUUCUCCCACAGAAAUAUCCUGUAUUGCCAUAUCUAGUUUUAGUAUUAAAACAGUUCUUGUUGCAGAGGGACCUGAAUGAAGUGUUUACAGGUGGAAUUGGAUCUUAUAGUCUUUUUUUAAUGGCCGUCAGUUUUCUCCAGGUAAGUUGGGAGGAAUUAUUAUGUCCUAGGUCAUGAAUGGCCUUUCCCUUCUUUUAAGUGUAAUAUCACUUUAGGGCACACAACAUUGUAGUCCACCCAUUGGCUGUAAUAAAAUAAUUACUAUAAAAAUUGCAUAUAAUGAAACUUAGUAUGCAAACUUAGUGGAAUGAGCACUGCUUUGGUAAUAGCAGUUCUAAAACAUUCACUUGUUUAAACUAAUUAUUUGCUUUGAAUUAUUUUGUACCAUUUCUGCCAGAUGUUUUGGGGAUAUUUUUAGCUGCAAACUAAAAAGGCAAAGAAACAUAAAGGAAAGGGUGUGGAGGGAAGAAGACAGAGGAGGAAGAUCAGUGUGAUAACAUCAGAACAAUGUGGUGAGGUAGCCUCACCCCAGAUACGCCCAUUCAGCUGCUUUGAUUGGCUGAACUGCCACUGUUACGGGUGCUACAUAAUUCUUUUUCCUCAUUUUGUAAGAAAUUGAUCUUUUAUUGUGGCAGCACUUAACAAUUUGGAACUCCCUUCCUAUUGACAUCCGGCAGGUGUCUUCACUGCACUCCUUUCAGCAUGCCUGCUUGCUUUUGUUUAGGCAAGCCUGUCCAGAUAUGUAGAAUAUUGACAAGUGUUUUAGUCUGGUUUUGCAUAUCCCAGGUCCCAACUUCAGCUCACUCACUAUACAGUGUGCUUCACUUGCAAUCUGCUUAGGUCUUUUUCGUGUGUUAAGUGUGUAUGUUGCAACGUUCCAUUUCAUUCCUCCUUCAGAAGAAUCCUGUGAAGGUUGAUCAUUUAUUUUGUUGUAUUUUAUAAAUUUGGGGCAGGGGGCAGAGUAAGGUAAUGACUUGCCCAGACACCCACAGAGUCUGAGUGGAAGGCUUGGGGCAUUUUGCAUCGGAAAUAAUUGAGCGAUGGGAUAUGUGCAAAAGCUUUUUGUGUUUUGUCCCCUGAGCCAGCUAUUAAAUUGGUUGAUUCUUUAAUUUCACUAUUGAUUUUAGUGUUUACAUGGAUUAUAAAGGAAUCUGGAGAUUCUUUGCAAAUAAUUUUUUGUUCUUGUUUCCCCUCCAAUAGCUACAUCCCAGAGAAGAUGCUUGUACCCCCAACGCCAACUACGGUGUCCUUUUAAUAGAAUUUUUUGAAUUAUAUGGGCGUCAUUUCAACUACCUGAAAACAGGAAUCCGAAUAAAGGAUGGUGGCUCAUAUGUGGCUAAGGAUGAAGUGCAAAAGAAUAUGCUAGAUGGCUAUAGACCAUCAAUGUUGUAUAUUGAAGACCCACUGCAACCAGGUAUUUGGGCUUUUCACUAGGCCAUAGGAAAGUAAACAAUUUCUAUGGAGACUUUUAACCCAAGGAUGCAACAAAGCAGCAGUAGUUCCUGAAUUGCAUACUAUCUAGUUUCAGGUGAUUCCCAACAAAUUGGGGGUCUAAAUGGUACAAAAUGUAGUAAUAUAAAACUGGUAUUAAAAAAUGAUUUUAUACCACAAAUAUAUAUAUAACACAGAUGACCCACGAGGAUGACCCUAAGACCAAAAUGUGUCUCAGUUUAUUUUAGAGUUGAGUUAAUUUCAAGUUAUGUUUGUUUGGAAUUGUUUAUAUUAUAUAGAGUUUUAGAGUUGAGUAAUAUAUAUACAUAAGCCAAAAGUAAUAGCACAUAUGUCUAAAAGUGACCCACCUUAUAUAUACAUGCUCACAUAUUUGUAUACAAUAUGUGUAUAAUGUGUGAAAUUUGCAAAUAUCUAUAUUGUGUGUUUUAAUAUAUUGCCAUUCCGUAGCUGCAACUUGUACAGUAGAAGCUGGAAAGCAAAAAGCUGAUGAAUUAUCUCUAUGUAUAUGUAUAUGUAUAUGUAUAUCCCUCACCUUAAGGAACACUGAGGAAGACCAUAAAGUCAAAAAGCAUUUGGGAUUAUUUUAUUGAGUUGAAUAAUUUCAGGUUAUGUUUUUAACUGUUUUUAUAUUUGUGAUAUAAAAGUGCAAUAUUUGUGUAAUAAAAUUGCUUAUUACUUCAUUUUGUAUUAUUGGGAUAUUUAGAUCCCAGUUGAUUGGUAAAUUACCUUGUUUUGUUUUGUUGGGACUAAUUUCCUUUUUGCUGUGUAAAAUCAUAUUAUAUUCAGAGAAAAUGUUUACCCGUUACAAUCACCCUAAUGGUUGUUUUCUUUUUUUAAGGUAAUGAUGUUGGCAGGAGUUCUUAUGGUGCCAUGCAAGUGAAACAGGCCUUUGAUUAUGCAUAUGUUGUUCUGAGCCAUGCAGUAUCGCCAAUAGCUAAAUAUUAUCCCAACAAUGAAAGUGAAAGGUAAACAUUAUAUGUCCCAAGUUGGAUCCAUUAGUGAUGUCACUCUUCCCCCCCCCCAUCCUUUAAAAAUCCAGUUAACCUUUCCUUUCUCUUAAAAUGUUCACAGUAUAUUAGGAAGAAUUAUCAGAGUAACACAAGAAGUUGCAACAUACAGAGACUGGAUAUCAAAGCAAUGGGGAAUGCAGAAUAGCACAGAGACGUCAUGCAAUGGUAAGAUUUUCCUGUAUCUAGGCUUGCAAAACCCUUGCAGCCAAAAGUUCACUUUAGAUCCUGGCAGGGAGGCCUGUAAUAUAGGUAUAAAAGCUUCUUCCUAUUCAAUAAAGUUUGAUUUGCAUUAUGGACAGUGGCACAAAAAGCUUCAGGCAUAAUGGAGCUUGCUUCUUAGUAAACAUAUAUAAGAUUGCAUGGACAGAUACAGAAAAGCAGAGGCAAGAAGCCUGUAAGCAUAGGUUCAUGAUCAAGAGAGAAAAAGUUGGCUUGAUAACUGACUACUUUGGUAGAAAGAACACAGGGAGUAAUAAAUAGUGACAUUCUCAAAUAGAAUAGAAUAUAGGCUGUGGAAGUUCCAUAAGCAGUAUAAGAUACUUUGGGUUGUAUCUGGCAGAUUUCCCCCCCUCAAGAGUAGGCUUGCUGAAGUCAGUGGAUGUGAUUUAAGUCCAUUAGUUUCAGUGGGUCUACUUGAGUAUGACAUACUGUAGUUGGGAGUUCUCAUUUUAAAACAAGUUGUUAACCCUCAUGAGUUGCAGACUGAAAUGUUGACAGCAGAAUCUGCUAGAGGCUUAAUCUGGCAGUAGUCCCUUCUGUUGACAUAACACUUAGAAUGGUUGAGUCCAAAAGAAAACCAAAGCUGCAUAAACUUAAAUUGGCCACUCACUAAAUCAAGGCCUGCUAUUCCCAGAUAUUCUGAACAGCAUAAAGCCUGUAUGGAAGCAUGCAGACUCUGAUGAUCCACACUACGAUAUAUUGAAAUCAGAGAACAGGAGGUAGAGGAGAAAUGACAGUGUCAAAGAUAGCUGAAAGAAGUGCAGUUGACCAUACUUUUCAAACCACCUGUGGGUGAUACCCUGUGCCCAUUUACUUAAAAGUAAGCCCCAUUGAACACAGGAGUUGUUUCUAAGAAAACAUGUUGUUGGGAUGCACUGGAGGGAUGAAAGAACUGUUGCAGGCAAUUUACUAAAUACUGCUAUUCAGCAAAGCUUGUUUUGUUUUAUUGAUAUAGACCUAGGCCCCAAUUCUAAACACACUUACUAGAUAUAAUGGAGUUUGCUUCUGAACAAAUGUGCAUAAGAUUGCACUGAUGGACGCAGAGACGCAGAGUGGAGAAGCCUGCAAGGAAAAGAAAAAUCAUGGUCCAGAGAGACCAGAAAGGUUAUUUGAUAGCUAACUAUUUCAAUGCAAAGAACUGAGGAAUAAAAAUAAAAAUGAAUUGAGAUAAAUGAUCAUAUCUAUACCUUGACAGAGAGUCCCUGUUCUAUACAACAUGUGUCAAAACAUGAGUUUCUGAGGAGUGUGUGUUUCUGGUUACAGAGAUAAUGCCUUCCUCCCAGGAGUAGUAUAUGUGUUAUAGAGAACCACUCUGCCAAAGAGUUCUUUGUGCAAAUCAUGGAUUUAACAGAAGUUUUAGCAAAUUCUUUUGACAUAGCAUUAACUGAAAAGUUCCAUGUCUGUAAUAGGCACUUGGAGCACAGCAGUCUUUGUUACGCCAUUUAUUAACACCCAUAAAUACUUUAUGCAACUUUCCCAAAAGCUCAAAAGUAGUGUACAACCAACAAAAAUGCUCCCAAGUUCUAAAGUUUAAAAGGACAACAUUUCACUUAGCUUUCCAUCAUGUCAUCCUCUUUCAGCUAUGCUAUGCCAUCCUUGGUGUGUCUUUAAUGUAGCAAAUCUUAUUAAUCCUUCCUGCCUUGCACAAGCUCUGUCAGGAUGAAGCAAAGUUAGAUCAGACCAACGCUUGGAUAAUUACCUACAAUAUUUUAGAGAAACUUAACUGGAUUCAACUAAAUACCCCCCCAAUCCAGCUAAAGUUAGUAAUGAAGAAAUCCCUUGGGGAGUAACAGAUCUACCUUAGUUGUGUUCAUUGUGUUAACACCAGUUUCAGUAGUACAUAGACAUGACAGAGUUAUUUGGUUAAAAGCCACGGUCUCAGAUAUGACUGGAUUGCUGCCCUGAAUGCCAUUUAACACCUAUUGUCAUUCAGGGCUUUGAAACAAAUUAAACCCGUCUUGCAUGUCAUUUUUGCACUAAAUGCAUCUCAGCUGCAAGCAUGAUGCAAAAGUGGAAACUGAUUUUCUUUACAACCCAUUGUUGGUCUGAGAAGGGAGCACAGUGUGUGUUCAUCUAACAUGGGUGGGGAACUUGUGGCCCUCCUAAUACUGCUGGUGUACAUUUUCCCCAGACUAUUCACCAUGCUGGGUGGGGCUGGACCACAUAUUCCCCUUAAUCCAAAACUCUCUAUACUGUUGUGAGCAACUUCGUUGUUGUGAAAGAAUGCUUAUGUGCUCACUAUUCUGUACUUUUUAACAGGUAAUGGGGUGACCUUGAUAGACAACCAGCAGUUGGACAAAUGCAACAAUAAUCUUUCCGAAGGGAAUGAAUCACUAGGGAAACCUAGAAGUAAAACAGAGACACCAAGCAAACACUCAUCAAAUUCUUCAUCAGGCCCUUUAUCAUCGUCAUCUUCUACACUCUCCAGCUCCAGCGACGUAGUAAGUAUUGUGCCCUGGUCACUGUCCCAUUGGAUUAUUGUAAUACACACUUCCCUUGAAGCAGUGUAGUUACCCCAGCUGGCCCAGAAUAUAGCAGCCAAACUUUUCUCUGGAGCUAUAUGGAAGGCCAUAUUAUGCAAUUCUUGUGUUGUCUUCACUGGCCACUGUUUCCGGACUCAGUUUGAAGUGCUGUGGCUCUGGUCUUUUAAAAUAAAGACCUAAGUUGUCAGGGAACAUGGUAUCUUGGGAAUUGCCUUGUCCCAUACGAACCCAUUCAGAAACAGUGCUCGUUUUCUGAGGCCCCCCCUUGUGGUAGCACCGUUGGCAGAAGUUCAGUUAAUGGGAGCAAGAAAAACGACCUUUUAAAAUUGUGGCAUCCAGGUUAUGCAAUGGCUUCCCCAUAGAAAUGUGCCCACCCCUCCAGGAACACCAGCUUUUAAAAGGGCUCUAAAGACAGCCCUGGUUCAAGGGACAUUUUAGUUAAAGAUUUCAGACUUGGAUAAGUUAUUCCUUUUGUCUGUUUUGAAUUGUGCUAAUAGUCUUUUUUAUAGCAGUAUUUUCCCCCCUCUUUGCUGCUUUGUGUCUUCAUGGAGAGAAAGGCAGAAUCAAACUGCUUUGCUCAGGAAAACCCCCUCCCAUCACCACAAAGUUGUUUUGUGUAUUUAGGGAUGGGCAGCUUUGAAUUUUACUGUUUUUAAAUUUAAAACAGUUUAAAAACAAAACAGAAUUGUGAAGAGUUGCAAAAGCAUAUUUGUUUGCACUCAGUUAUAAACUCAUUCUUAUCUUUUAGCUCCCGAAGGCUGUGCUUACAUUAUCAAUUAAAACAAGACAUAAUAAAAAAAGAGAUACAAACCUGUGAGAGGGGCAAAAAAGCAUAGGACAGUUCAAAAGUUUGGCAAAACAUAAAAGCAUGUAGCAAAUUAAUAAAAAGCCAAGGCGAAGGCUAGUAGUCUGCCUUCGUCAGAAGAAGUUCUGAAAUCUGGAUGCCACAGUCAAAAACACCAUUCUGCCAGUCCCAGCCACCUAAACCUCCAAGGCAGUGGGAGAUGGAACAUGGCAGUCCUCUGAGAAGAGUGCAGAGGGUGGUUAGUGACGCCGGGGUUUAUAUGAGUCUGAUCUUCAAGGAACAUAAGUUUUAAAAUGAAACAAAACCAUACAGAGCAAGCACCUCUAAGCAUACUUUAAAGCAGCACUGUUGUUUAUGCAACCCAGCAAUUAUGGCAAUAUCUGCUUUUCUAUUUUAUGUUCUUAGAAACUAUAUAUGUUAGUUUCAGUGGAUGCCCUAAAAUUUGGUGAGCGUUGAUUGUUCACAUGGGAAUUCCAAAAACCACAAGAUGGAAGUUUAAAAUGUCCAGAAAGGGAUAUACUUUCCCCUACUACUCAUACAGUAGUGAAUGCUUGCAAUAAUUAGGCAAUUGUCAGGAUUCCCUGGUGUACCCUUGCACACAUUCAGCAUCUCCCGGACUGAGAUGGUCUCAAUCUGGUUUCAGUAUGAUGCUUUUGCUUUCUGUCUUUUGGAUUUGAUAUAAGCAGCAUGUGCUUGUACAGCUGCACUUGUAACUGGCAAGGCAUAUAGCUCACCAGCCCUGUAUGGCUGCCCAACAGAGACUAGGUGAUUCUCCAGCUUUCACUGCCUGGGACAAAAAACCAACCCAAUGGAUGCUGAAGCUCCCAGCAGCCCUUAGUACAUUGCUGGUGGGUCAGUAGUUAUGCAGGCCUAGCCUUCUAGAUCUGGGUUUCCUGGAAAGUGUAUUGGCAUCUGUAGGAUAUGAAAGAAAUUUAUGUUUGUAUAGGACCUGCUUCCUUAGGCAUUCCUGGUGCCAGACAUGAGCCAAAAUGAUCAGGACAGCAAAUAUUUGCCAGACUUGCAUUAGCCUCUGAGAUAAUUAAAAAGAGGGGAAAUGGUGUAUGAGUUGGGAUUGUCUUAAAGAGCUCUCUCUCCUCUAGCCUCAUGGCUUCCAUAGAAGCAGAUUAUCCAGAAAAUGCAAAAAGAGCUAAUUCCUUAGGCCUCUCUAACAUGAUAAAAGCUAGUUACAUAAAGAAAAGGCGGGGAAGUAUUGCAUUUUAUGCAGCUGUUGGUGGGUCUAAAAUAAUUAGAUGGAUGCUUACCUCAAUCCAGCAUUUUAAAAGCUCAUUUUUGUGGAGAAUAUUUGCAUAGUACAUACAUGAAAUGUGAUUUGGGAACAUUCCCUUCGUACACAUGUGAUUCUGAUAGGUCACUGGAUCUGGGAGCAAUAAAGGGCCCUUAUCACGUCUUAUAUUUGAGAGCAGUAGUCCCUUACCUGGUUGUAGUUUUGAAGGUGCUAACCAUCUGAAAGAACUGGCCUCUCCUGUCUUUCCCCUUAACUGACAUGUUCCUGCUGAUGCCUGUUUCCCAACAGGAGUCUGAUGGAACACCAUGCAAAACCUCUAAACAGCUGGGCUGCCGCCAAACUACAGCAAACAGAAUGGCUACUCAGGACAUAUCACUGGGAUCCACGCAGUUGAGUGGGAAAAUACCAAGUGGCCAAACAGUGAAUGCAUCCAGUGUUGUAAACAAGUCCCAGGUUGGUAGGGCAUUGGGCUCAAUCACCUUGGUCCCCUUCCUUCUUCCACUGCCAUCAUUAUUAUCCUUAAGUGGCAUCCCCACCCUGCCCAGGAUUUCAGUACAGCAUUUUGUUGCUUGCAGAAAUUCUGUAACCUCAGGCUUACACAAGCUAGCAUAUUUUCCCUUGAGGUUGAAAUCUGGAGGGAUGGGGUCUCUUCCCUCUGCCUACCUCUUCAGAGAUUGAUGGUAAUGAGGAGGCUACUAAAAUAAGACUUCUCCAGCAAUAGGAAAGGGAUCUAUAAAAGAGGUUUCAGUGGUCACAAAAGAAAUGUAGAGAAGUACAUUUUUAGGCCAUCGUUCUGAGCAAAUGUCUGUCCAGAGUGACGUACAAUUGAAACCUAAGAUAAAAAAUAGUGCAAAAUUUAAAACUCUAAAAGCUCUGCUAUUGUAAGUCAUCAGCACCUGACACAGAAUGUUCUGUGUAUAUGCCUGGAAUCGUUAUGAUGUGUUCACACACAUUUUAUGGGGUACCUGUGUAACAUCCUAAAACGGUUGCCUUAUUUGCUUCUUCAGUUUUUUCUAGGCCACAGAGAAUCAAACGUAUUUUGGGAUCAAUGGAACAGUAACACAGUCUCCGCAGGUGUAGAUCUCCUUAGGGCUGUUGCGUAUUUUUAUUUAGAGGCGUUGUUUUGACAAGUGCAGUGGUGCAUUAGGGUGAGGCUAUUGCCAUUCAUCUAUACCACAGCAUACCUUCAUUGAGAUUCCUGCAUUGCAGGGCGUUGAACUAGAUGACCCCAAGGGGGUCUCUUCCAACUCUAUGAUUCUUUUAUUAUCUUUCCAGUGAACAUCGUUUUAGCUGUGUAUUUUUUUCCAAUCAAGUAGCUAUUUUAAUUACUACUUAUUCGCCUAUAUUUUUUAAAAUAUUUGAUGGCGCAAUAGCACAGAAAUGAAAAUGCAUUUUCUAUAAAUUAUUCAAAAGGGAUUAAAAAACACUGCCUUCUGCAUCUUUCCUGUCAGUGCCAUGCCAUUUUAUCUUUAAAAUGUGGAUGUGCUUUUGCUCUUCCUCCUCCUCUUUUUCAACAUGAUUGGAGUAGUUGCACAAUAGUGCUGAGAUUUUGAAAAUUCCAAGCCAAAAUUUUAGACAUCACUUUUAACAAUUGGCCAGUAGUUCAAAAAAUGGCAUUUUCCCACUAGCAAGUAAUUGAGGUGCAUUCAAAGAGAUACUAUAUACCCCCCUGAAGGGUGAGAAGUCUGUAGAGAUUCCACAUGUAGCUUACAAUGCAAGAUUAAUUAUAAAGUUGCUAGGAGCUGCUAGUUUGGAGUAGCCCUGGAAACUUCACAUAAACCUUCCUGAUCUGUAUGUGACUUCAUUCCUUGUGUGGAAGCACCAUGGGCUGCUUGCCUCUCCGCUCAUGUAACUGUGGCUCAUGUGUUGCGAGAGCAAAUGACCUGUACGUAGCGAGGGUGCUCACACUGGCUUUCUCGUCUUCUCCUUUGCAGCACGGAUCCACGAGGUUAUUCCGCACUUCUUCCAACAAAGGCUUCCAGGGUCCAGCAAAUUCAAGCCAUGGCACCUCGGUCAUGAACAAACAGCACCAAGGCAGCAAAUCACACCAGUUUUUCCACGGCAAAAAGAGGAAACACAAGAGGGACGUGGUCCUUCCAGACCUUUGUAGAUAGUUCUCCUAUCUGACAAUUUUGACUGUUCUUCUGUGUGCAAUGAUCUCUCUCAUGCUACAAGAGUAAGUUGGGACAGUGAAUCCCCAGACCUCAUCUGGAGUCUCAAAAGACUAUGGGAACGUUGAUUAGCAACGCAUUUUAGUUUUUAUUUUUUCCAGCUCGCCACGGAACAGAUCAUGAAGACUGAUAACGGCAAAAGGGGGGUGGAGGGAGGAGGGAUCAGCAAAAGGCCACUUAUGUGGCAAGUUAUAUGCUACCACAGGGUUGUUUAGGAUAUAAAAGCUUGAAUGUAAAAUAAAUAUUUCCCAUCAGCUUUUAUGCUGACCUGUAGGGGGGGGUAGUAUUCAGUGUGUUUAAGGGGUUGGUAAUGAACUAAAAUAAAAGGAUAAAAAAGUGAAAAAAAAUACUAUAUUUUGAGGGAAGCCCAAAGUUCAAAGGAGAGUGAGUAAAUUCACGCAUGAUAAUUUUUAAAUUAUUUUUGCAUAUAUUUACCAUUUUAUUGUGUAUCUAUAGACGACCAUAUAGGAAAACUGACAUUUGUAAUAGUGGAUUUGUUAAUACUUUUUACAUAACAUUGCCAUUUAAAUUGUAGAAACAUCCCCCUCCUUUUCCCUCAGGACUAGCUUAAAAAUAAUAAUAAUCUGAACUGUCAGCUGAACAUCGGACAACGUAGUGAGUUAUAUGGCUUAGAAAUUGUGGUGUGCUUCCCCCACCCCCUCUUAGCAUUGAAAUGAUUUAAAAGCACAUUUAUGUGUCUGUACAUGUUGCUUCUCUGAAGGAAAAAAGGCAGAUAAGAUGCAGGGGCGCAAAGACUUGUUUAUAAAGUGUAAAAAUGCAUCAUGUGUCAACUUGGAGCUUGCAUUUCCUCUCGCACGAGUGGAAAAUGAACUCUUCACCUUCUUUCUGAUGUGCCAUCUUCUCAGGCAAAAGGGUUAUUCCAGGUUAGUUUUCAUCAGAACCCUUAGGGUUUUUUUAUUAUUAUUUGAUAGGAAACCAAGCUACUUGAGGGGGGGCAGGUAAGGAAGCACUUUGCUACAUGAAGGAAAACAUCUCAAGUUCAUUGGUGAUGUCUACAUUUUGGGACCUCCUCUAAACCUUAUGUCUUUUUUUGUGCCUUCAUCCCCAUUUUUUUCUCCUUUACCUUGCAACUUUGUAUCUUUUUCUUAAAAAACAAAACAAAACUUGAGAAAUGGAACUGUUAAGGCAGUUGGGGAAAAAAAUCCCUUGUUAUCUCAUUCCUUUUUCGGUAUAUUUUUAAAUCCACUCAAAGAAUUAAACGGUCUUCAAUAAUGGAAAUAAAUUUGUAUUGCUGUCUAAAGAGCUGAAACCUUUUUCAUAUCCAAGUACUUCUUUGUCAAAAAUCUCCCACCCCCACCUUUUAAAAACAUUUGAACAUUUCCUAAGCUCAGCCAUGCUGUGGGACUGACAAGAAGUUCGUGCGAUGAAUGCAAAAUGGGACAUGUAGGUUUGUAGUCACUUGCAUUGUUUGCAAAAAGGAUUUGGAGCACUUUAAUUGAUAGAAUGUAAAGUGACUUUUACUGUAACAUUUUUCUUUGAAGAGGAAAGUGUGUUUGCGUGAGUGAGUGAGUGAGUGAGUGUAUUCAGUAUGUAAGACUGUGUUCAGUGUAUCCAGUCUGGAGAAUGAUGAUGAUCCUUUUAUGAGGAAUAAUAUUAGCUUUUAGAUGUUUUCUUUUAUAAUUGCAGACCAACUUGACCUUUAAUAAGCACUGAUCUAGUGCAAAAGCUUUUUAAGUAAAAUAAUGCAAAACGACCAAAAACUGUCAUCACUGAAAACUUAAUAAAACACACACUCUUGAUGGUAAAGCAUUUAUUUAGCUUCCAAGGAGAUGGAGGAGGGAAACACAACCUAGCCCACCCUAAUGCUCAAGAACACUAAGCUUAAAGGAAAAAGAAUGUUAACCUGUCAAUGUUUUCAAUUUUAGAUCCAUAUUCUUUUCUGAUCAGUUUUUAUCAACAAUAUUUUUGUUACUAUAAUUUGCUGCAAGGACAUUAUGCAUUAUUGAAAAGUAUUUAUUUUGAAUUUUAAAAAUGUUUUAUAACUGUGUAGGCCUACCUUCACUGCUUUGGGAACAAAUUCUAAAUUAUAGUAAUCCAGUAUUACUAGCUGCUGUUAUCAAACGCUGUUACAAAUGUGUAAUACAUCGAUCUGUAUUACUUAACCACACUGAAGGGUUGUUGUUAUUAUUUUUAUCAUUAUUUAAUUUUUCUUCUUCAAAGAAUCACCCUCAUUGUUGGAAACAAAUGUUCUGUCGGGAUGCAGAGUUUGGUGUUCCAAUAAGCAUGUGAUUAUUUUAAUGUGGUGGUAGCGGGAAGAUAAUCUUGAUUCCGUUGGGAAUCUUAGGUUUGCCUCAAUUUAUGGUUUUCAUAAAUUUUAAUGGAAAAUUAGCUUUUCCUGGACUGCUCGAGUUUCAUUUUGUAAACAGUAUAUUUCUUAACAGAAGACAACAUCGAAGAAAAAAAAGCAUGAAGGAGAAAUUGAGGUAUUUACUUUGCCUCAGAUUACCAGCAUUGUAUUCAUGAAACACUGUAUGUCUAAGCAAAACUUUUAUUUAAACUGGACAGUUGAACUGUUCGCCUUUUUCAAUCUGAAGUAAAAAGAAAAUAGCUUCGAGUUUUGCCUGCUCAUUUAUCUUGUACAUUUCAUCUCUGUAUUCA